AGCUCAGCCAAGCAGGAGCACAAGCUGUCCAAGACGGAGGGUACCACAGGCUCCCUCAACAUGCCCCAUGGCCAAACAGACCUGAAGGUCAAACCAGACAACGUGAAGAUCAAGGGCCUGCAAGCUAACGUGUCAAUCCCUAAGGUAGGAAUUGUGCCAGGAAAAUUGUAUUGGACUUAAACAGAGUUUGCACUAAUUUGAAGUGAACUUAUUUGGAGUCGACUGUAGAUCAAUGCUGACCUCCUUUCCUGAGUUGCAUCUCUAAUGUCCAAAAAAAUAUGUAUCUCUGGUAGGUGAACCUGUGUCUGCUCCAGGCCUCUAUAGAAGAGUGUUCUCCCUUCAGCUCCAGUAAGAGCCACAUCACACACGUCUCUCUGGUUGCUCUCUGCUUCGACAGGAUCGCCACACAGUUUCGCAUGAACAGGUAACCUCAUUUCCACCAGCCUGCACCUGUCUCCUUAAGACAGACACACACAUACACACACAGUUUACACCCUGUGCGUACCCUCCCGUAUGUCUCCACAGGGGCAUAGUGGAGGAGACACCCAACACUGCAGAGAACAGCCGUCCCUCCGUAAACUUGGAGAAGUACGCCUCGGCCACCAAGAUGCAGCCACAGUCUUCAGGCUCACUGCGCUCCAACGCCGGUAUUGAGAAGGGCAAGGAGAUCGCUGCCAAGCUUAAUAUCCACCGCAUCCACUGUCAACUACGAGGCCUGGAUUCCAAAGGUGGUAAUAUGCUCUUUUUUAUUGAAUGCUCUACAUGCUGUCCAUGACUGGAGUUGGAGACUCCUGCCCUAAUAUAAUAUUAAGUGUUAGCCAGUUGUGAAGCAAAACUUUGUAAUUUACUCCUUUUUCCUGUUCUGUGGUUCAGACAUAGGGACAUGUGCCAUCACGGCCAUCCCUUUUGAGAAGUCCAAAGUGCUGUUCAGCCUGGAGGAAAUUGAUGAGUUUGCCCUUGUGGACGAGACCGAGAACUACGCGGCUGCAGACCUGGUCCGCUCUGCCGCCUCCCUGGAGAAGUGGGGCUGGAUCAUGUUUGAGUGCGGCAUCGAGAACCUCACCGUCAAAGGUAAUUUGUCAUUACCAAAGAUAUGCAUAUGCACUGUAUAUACACAUUGGAAUUUCGAUUCACUUAGAAUUGACUGAAUUAAAGUUGAAUUGAUGUUAUUAGCCCCAAUCCUGUAACGCUUUUGCCUGAUUGUGUGUGGAUAUUUGCAGGUGGGCGUCAGUCGGGUGCAGUGCUGUACAGUGCGUUUGGCAUGAUGGGGCAGUCGGGUACUGGCGUGAACACUUGCAUGUCCAAAUCCAACGGCUCAUCAGGCUCUCAGACGGGCAGCGGCUACAGCACUGAUGUAUCUGAUGACCUCCUGCCUAACGGCGCCACAAGCCCCAACUCUGAUGCCAACAGAAACUCAGACUCUGACGAUCAGGUAACUCAUCACUUUUAACUGUUGUACACGUACUUGAUCCAACCUCGUUUCAGUAACGAAGAGCGUUCAGACAAAAAUAUAGACCUGCUUCUCUCUCUUGCUCCCCUCUCAUUGGCCUCUGUGUGGUGUCGAUUGCUCUUGCAGGAUGAAGGGGUGGAGUCUGACGACCUGAAGAAGGACCUCCCCCUCAUGCCCCCGCCCCCUGACUCCAGCAGCAUGAAGCUCACCAUCAAGGAGAUCUGGUUCAGCUUCGCUGCCCCCACCAACGUACGCUCCCCCUCCCAGGCCAUCUCCAGGCAGCUGAAUCUCCUGAGCACAGCGACACCGGCGAUCGGAGCCUGGUUGGUCCCCAUCGACCAGCUCAAGUCUUCUCUGCGUAAGCUGGACAUGGAGGGCACCUUGAGAGUGUGUGCUGUCAUGGGCUGCAUCAUGACUGAAGCCUUGGAGGUCAGUACAGCACAGCUUGAGGGCUCCAAUGCCUUUUAUCCAUUAAUUAGUCCUAUAUUUUCACCUAUUGUAUAUACUGUAUGUAGAUUAUGUGUAAAUUCCUCUGUCUAUAUUCUGUCUGUAUAUUUUAUCUAUUGCUGUCAGCACCAUUUUACCAGGUCAAUUCAGGGUACAUGUAAAUGUAUUUGGUAAAUCAAGGUGAUUCUGAAUCUAUAUGAGACACAUUCCCUUUUCUUUCCUUUGUUCUCUACAGAAAAAGAGUAUCCACAUCCCCUUUCGGAGCAAGUACAACAGGGUGACCAAGCGAGCACGCUACCUCCACGAGAACCCCUCCUGUCUGCUGUGUAACAUCCUGCAUCGCUACCUACAGCAGGCUGACUACUCUGUGAUAGAGGAGGCCACCAUGGUGAGACGUGUGUGUGUGUGUGCGUUUAGAGGCUUGAGAACUUCAGUCUGGACCAUGAUUGACUGAAUCAGGUGUGUUAGUGCUGGGCUGGAAGUAGCUCUCAUGGAUCAAAUGAAAUCAAAUGGUAUUUGUCACAUGCGCCGAAUACAACAGGUGUAGACCUUACAGUGAAAUGCUUACUUACAAGCCCUUAACCAACAAUGCAGUUUUAAGAAAGAAUACCAAAAAAAUCACAAAAAGACAAUAUAAAAUAAUACGAAAUAAAAGUAACAAAUUAUUAAAGCGCAGCAGUAAAAAUAACAAUAGCGAGGCUAUAUACAGGGGGUACCGGUACCGAGUCAAUGUGCGGGUCGCCGGUUAGUCAAGGUAAUUGAGGUAAUAUGUACAUGUAGGUAGAGUUAUUAAAGUGUCUAUGCAUAGAUAAUAAACAGAGUAGCAGCAGCGUAAAAGGGGGAGGGGAGGGGGGGGGGGGGGCAAUGCAAAUAGUCUGGGUAGCCAUUUCAUUAGAUGUUCAGGAGUCUUAUGGCUUGUGGGUAGAAGCUGUUUAGAAGCCUCUUGGACCUAGACUUGGCGCUCCGGUACCGCUUGCCGUACGAUAGCAGAGAGAACAGUCUAUGACUAGGGUGGCUGGAGUCUUUGACAAUUUUUAGGGCCUUCCUCUGACACCGCCUGGUAUAGAGGUCCUGGAUGGCAGGAAGCUUGGCCCCAGUGAUGUACAGGGCCGUAUGCACUACCCUCUGAAGUGCCUUGCGGUCGGAGACCGAGCAUUUGCCAUACCUGGCAGUGAUGCAACCAGUCAGGAUGCUCUCGAUGGUGCAGCUGUAGAACCUUUUGAGAAUCUGAGGACCCAUGCCAAAUCUUUUCAGUCUCCUUAGGGGAAAUAGGUUUUGUUGUGUCCUCUUCACGACUGUCUUGGUGUGCUUGGACCAUGUUAGUUUGUUGGUGAUGUGGACACCAAGGAACUUGACGCUCUCAACCUGCUCCACUACAGCCCCGUCGAUGAGAAUGGGGGCGUGCUCGGUCCUCUUCUUUUUCCUGUAGUCCACAAUCAUCUCCUUUGUCUUGAUCACGUUGAGGGAGAGGUUGUUGUCCUGGCACCACACGGCCAGGUCUCUGACCUCCUCCCUAUAGGCUGUCUCGUCGUUGUCGAUGAUCAGGCAUACCACUGUUGUGUCAUCGGCCAACUUAAUGGCUGAUGAUAUAAGGGGGAUCAUAGCUAUAUUCAGUCAUGAGUGAACAGGGAGUACAGGAGGGGACUGAGCAGGCACCCCUGAUGGGCCCCCGUGUUGAGGAUCAGCGUGGCGGAUGUGUUGUUACCUACCCUUACCACCUGGGGGCGGCCAGUCAGGAAGUCCAGGAUCCAGUUGCAGAGGGAGGUGUUUAGUCCCAGGGUCUUUAGCUUAGUGAUGAGCUUUGAGGGCACUUGCCAGUUGAUCAGCGCAUGCUCGGAGUACACGUCCUGGUAAUCCGUCUGGGCCUGCGGCCUUGUGAAUAUUGACCUGUUUAAAGGUCUUACUCACAUUGGCUACGGAGAGCGUGAUCUACCCUAAGUGAACUCCUUUUUAGCCAUUUAACCCAUCUCAUCUUGUCCUCAUUAGAAUGAUGGGCUGCCUGCCCUGGUGACCCUGAAGAAGGGGCUGGUGGCUCUGGCCCGGCAGUGGAUGAAGUUUAUUGUGGUGACCCAGGGCUUCAAGGCCAUCGGCCUGAUGAGGCCCAACCAGCUGCCCAAACCCAAGGAGACCCCCGUGCAGCAGACCUACCAGGUCCAGGGCCUGGACAACGGAGCUGCGCUGCAGAGUGACACCAGCGCUGAUGGGGCCGAGUUCGAGUUUGACGCAGGUAGGAACUUUUCCCCAGAGGUUUAUUUUUGGAAUUUUCUGGUAAAUUAAUACAUGACAGAGAGACUUUAUCAAAACAAUUGUACUGAGAAGUCCCCCCACAUAUUAAUGAAUUUGAUGAUGAUCAUGCAUGCAGGAUGUUGGUCCAAUGGGUUAUAUCAUGUUGUAAAUGCUGUCUAGCCACAGUGAGUGAACACACCAUGCUGCUGGAGGGGGCAUGCAGCCGCCCCCCGCCCACAGGAGACAAAUCUGGACCAGUCAGCGGGGUGGAGAUCAUGAGGAAGCUGUCCAAGUCCCACACACACAGUGAAUCUGCCCUCAAAAUAAAGGUAAAGGUGUGUCUUUUAACUGUGUAUCCACCUGUCUGUCUGCGUUGUCUACUUCAACUUUGGUGCUUUAUAAUUAUACUGAACACAAAUAUAAAUGCAACAUGUAACAAUUUAAACGAUUUUACUGAGAUACAGUUCAUAUAAGGAAAUCAGUCAAUUUAAAUUAAUACAUUAGGCCCUAAUCUAUGGAUUUCACAUGACUGGGCAGGGGCAUGGCUGCCAGGCCCAGCCAAUCAGAAUGUUUUUCCCCCACAAAAGGGCUUUACUACUGACAGACUCCUCAGUUUCAUCAGCUGUCCAGGUGGCUGGUCUCAGACGGUCCCUCAGGUGUGGAGGGGCUGGCGUGCUUAAACGUGGUCUGCGGUUGUGAGGCCGGUUGCACGUAAAGGGGAAAUGCUCACUAACAGGGAUGUAAACAAAUUUGUGCACUAAUUUGGAGAGAAAUAGGCUUUUUGUGCCUAUGGAAAAUAUUUGGUAUCUUUUAUUUCAGCUCAUGAAACAUGGGACCAACACUUUACAUGUUGCGUUUAUAUUUUUGUUCAGUGAGGGGAAAAAAGUAUUUGAUCCCCUGCUGUACGUUUGCCCACUGACAAAGACAUGAUCAGUCUAUAAUUGUAAUGGUAGGUUUAUUUGAACAGUGAGAGACAGAAUACACAUUUAAAAAAUCUAGAAAAACGCAUGUCAACAUUUUUAUUAAUUGAUUUGCAUUUUAAUGAGGGAAAUAAGUAUUUGACCCCUCUGCAAAACAUGACAUAGUACUUGGUGGCAAAACCCUUGUUGGCAAUCACAGAGGUCAGACGUUUCUUGUAGUUGGCCACCAGGUUUGCACACAUCUCAGGAGGGAUUUUGUUCCACUCCUCUUUGCAGAUCUUCUCCAUUUCAUUAAGGUUUCAAGGCUGACAUUUGGCAACUCAAACCUUCAGCUCCCUCCACAGAUUUUCUAUGGGAUUAAGGUCUGGAGACUGGCUAGGCCACUCCAGGACCUUAAUGUGCUUCUUCUUGAGCCACUCCUUUGUUGCCUUGGCCGUGUGUUUUGGGUCAUUGUCAUGCUGGAAUACCCAUCCACGACCCAUUUUCAAUGCCCUGGCUGAGGGAAGGAGGUUCUCACCCAAGAUUUGACGUUACAUGGCCCCGUCCAUCGUCCCUUUGAUGCGGUGAAGUUGUCCUGUCCCCUUAGCAGAAAAACACCCCCAAAGCAUAAUGUUUCCACCUCCAUAUUUGACGGUGGGGAUGGUGUUCUUGGGGUCAUAGGCAGCAUUCCUCCUCCUCCUCCAAACACGGCGAGUUGAGUUGAUGCCAAAGAGCUCGAUUUUGGUCUCAUCUGACCACAACACUUUCACCCAGUUCUCCUCUGAAUCAGUCAGAUGUUCAUUGGCAAACUUCAGACGGCCCUGUAUAUGUGCUUUCUUGAGCAGGGGGACCUUGCGGGCACUGCAGGAUUUCAGUCCUUCACGGCGUAGUGUGUUACCAAUUGUUUUCUUGGUGACUAUGGUCCCAGCUGCCUUGAGAUCAUUGACAAGAUCCUCCCGUGUAAUUCUGGGCUGAUUCCUCACCGUUCUCAUGAUCAUUGCAACUCCACGAGGUGAUAUCUUGCAUGGCGCCCCAGGCCGAGAAGAUUGACAGGUCUUUUGUGUUUCUUCCAUUUGCGAAUAAUCGCACCAACUGUUGUCACCUUCUCACCAAGCUGCUUGACGAUGGUCUUGUAGCCCAUUCCAGCCUUGUGUAGGUCUACAAUCUUGUCCCUGACAUCCUUGGAGAGCUCUUUGGUCUUGGCCAUGGUGGAGAGUUUGGAAUCUGAUUGAUUGAUUGCUUCUGUGGACAGGUGUCUUUUAUACAGGUAACAAGCGGAGAUUAGGAGCACUCCCUUUAAGAGUGUUCGCCUAAUCUCAGCUCGAUACCUGUAUAAAAGACACCUGGGAGCCAGAAAUCUUUCUGAUUGAGAAGGGGUGAUAGAGGAAUUAUGGUAAAUGACAAAAAUUGUUCCACCCCGAUACUGAUGAUAACUGUGUAACGGUUUUAGGGUUAUAAUGUAGUAUAAACCCACUAACCGAGGCAGGGGAGUUAGAAACUGCUGAGACAAACAUUCCAGGAGGGAGGGGAAACUGGUUAAUCAUUCUAUACUGUGGAAAUGUACAGGCCGCCUAAAGGUGGGCGGAGAAAAGUUCCUUUGUGUGAAGGGAUAUAAAAAGGCUGUGUGAGUUUUUUGGCGCUAGAGCUCUCAUGAAUAAACAUACAGAUUAUUCUUGCUGUUUGUGGACCUUGUUUAAUUCAUGAUUAAAACCAGAGCAUUACAACCUCUGGGAAUUAUUCAAGCUUGAGUUUAAUUAAGAGAUAUAAAUUCUCGUGACAGGGGGUCAAAUACUUAUUUCCCUGCAAAUCAAUUUAUAACAUUUUUGACAUGCGUUUUUCUGGAUUUUUUUGUUGUUAUUCUGUCUCUCACUGUUCAAAUAAACUUACCAUUAAAGUUAUAGACUGAUCAUUUCUUUGUCAGUGGGCAAAUGUACAAAAUCAGCAGGGGAUCAAAUACUUUUUUCCCUCACUGUAUAUGGGUGGACAGGGACGACAGGGCAGUACCACUUUCCAUUACUAUACAAUAGGAAUGCAUUUGUUUUCACACUAAUGAUAUGGGUGUGUGUCUUCUUCAGGGCUCCCACCCAUACCAGUCCCUGAGCUACACCAGUGGGGACACGGCGGCUGACUCCCCUGCCCAUGUGAGUCGCGUGGGCAUGCCUGCCAAGGACAGUCCCCGUAAGGAGAGUCUGCUGAGCUACCUGACAGGCAGCUUCCCCAGCCUGCACAACCUGCUGGAGAGCACACCCCAGAGGAAUGAGCCCGCCACCAAGAGCACAGGUACGCUGACAUUGUCCUUAGAACGUUACCAUGGGAUAGACCAGGGUUGCCCACACCUGGUUCAGACUUGGGUUGCCUUCCAAUUCCAUACCCUCGUCCCCAAAGUGUGAACAUUGUCAUAAAGCAUGGCUUAUAGGGAAUUUCCACCAUAUUUUUAUACUAGUUCCAUUCCUUUUCGAGCCACAAUGAUAGAGAAUUGGUAGAGAAUUGGACUGCAACAUUACAUUGUUUGCUCCCCCUUUUAGGUAACAGUGUGGGCCCAGAUGUAUUGACGGAGCACCCACUGCUGUCAGAGCCCUCUUCCGUCAGCUUCUACAACUGGAUGUCCAACGCUGUGGGCAACCGGGGCGGAGGGAACACUGUACCCCAGGAGUCCCCCAUCAACCGCUCCCAGCACAACAGCCUGCAGACAGGUAGGGGGAAUGUUGUGGGAAUCUUCUGUGAAUGUUGGGGGGGAAUGUUGGUGAUGUAACCAACCCCAAAAGCUCACGGUAGAAGAAUGUCAAAAAAGGUCACCCUAAGUGUCUGUUUCCCAUUGCUCCUCAGGCGUCACCUGUAACCUCCAAACCAUCCCGUCAGCAUCAGACUUCAACACGGUGCUGUCCAGCGACCAAAACACUCUUGAUGGAACACAGUCUCAGCACAGUACCAGCCAGGACGACAUAAAGAUGGCCGACAUCGAGGAGGGCAACCAGUGUCCCGCCGCCGUGCAGCUCGCUGACGCACAGGUAACCUGUUGAGACUGUGUGUGUGUUUGUGUGUGAUAAUUCUAAAGAUUCCCUCUCCCUUUCCUCACUUCACACAGGUUGUGUUCAAGCCUCUGCUGAGUCACACAGGAAUCCAAGCCCAGGACACCACUCCUCUCAGCUACAAGAUGUAUUUUGGAGAGCAUCUCUCCUUCUCCGGCACCUUGGAGUGUCUCAGAGCAGACAUUGUGGACUCAGACACGUCCAAGGAGCGGAAGAACAAACGCUCCAAAAGGUAAAUAAACCUUGUAUCUAAAUAAAGAUACUGUAUGCCUGGUUAUUAUUUGUCCCAUUAUCUACCACUCAUAAGUAAUCUCGCUCUCUACCCCUCUCCGUCUCUCCCUGCAGACAGGGCAUGCCUAACCUCCCUCCGCUGGAGUUCAAACCGGCCCUGCUGAUCGAGACCUUCAGUCUAAACUCUGUGUUGAUGGAGAAGUCUACCAGCACUGGCCCGCCCAACUCCACGGCCGCUCCCCUCGCCUUCCACGACCUCAACCGGCGCCACUACAACACCUUCCACUGCGACUUCACCAUCGCCUGCCAGGCCAUCAGCCAGCGCGUGGACAUGGCCCUGGUGCGCCUCAUCCACCAGUUCAGUACCAUGGUGGACGACAUCAAGGCCACGCAGACAGACAUCAAGCUGAGUCGCUACACCGCCGGCUCCGCCUCCCCCACGCCCACCUUCAAGGCAAGGCCCUACCGACACUUUCGCUCCUCUGACUUCAGCCGCAGCUCGCGGGGAAGCAUCAACGGAGCCGGGCGGAGUGGGGCUGGCGGCAGCGGGAACACGGCUCAAAGGAGCAAGCGAGGUGGAGUAGGGGGUCAGCCACCCAACGGCCCCCCUUCAGGACUGGAUACACUGGGUAGGAGGGAGCCCCGGGGACGCAACACGCUGGGUCGCUCGGAGCGCCGGACCUCCAAGGUACAUCAACCAGUAUGUGUCUUCAUUUUAGAAUGAUCAUAUACAGUGAGGGAAAAAAGUAUUUGAUCCCCUGCUGAUUUUGUACGUUUGCCCACUGACAAAGACAUGAUCAGUCUAUAAUUUGAAUGGUAGGUUUAUUUGAACAGUGAGAGACAGAAUAACAACAAAAAAAUCCAGAAAAACGCAUGUCAAAAAUGUUAUAAAUUUAUUUGCAUUUUAAUGAGGGAAAUAAGUAUUUGACCCCUCUGCAAAACAUGACUUAGUACUUGGUGGCAAAACCCUUGUUGGCAAUCACAGAGGUCAGACGUUUCUUGUAGUUGGCCACCAGGUUUGCACACAUCUCAGGAGGGAUUUUGUCCCACUCCUCUUUGCAGAUCUUCUCCAAGUCAUUAAGGUUUCGAGGCUGACGUUUGGCAACUUGAACCUUCAGCUCCCUCCACAGAUUUUCUAUGGGAUUAAGGUCUGGAGACUGGCUAGGCCACUCCAGGACCUUAAUGUGCUUCUUCUUGAGCCACUCCAUUGUUGCCUUGGCCGUGUGUUUUGGGUCAUUGUCAUGCUGGAAUACCCAUCCACAACCCAUUUUCAAUGCCCUGGCUGAGGGAAUGAGGUUCUCACCCAAGAUUUGACGGUACAUGGCCCCGUCCAUUGUCCCUUUGAUGCAGUGAAGUUGUCCUGUCCCCUUAGCAGAAAAACACCCCCAAAGCAUAAUGUUUCCACCUCCAUGUUUGACUGUGGGGAUGGUGUUCUUGGGGUCAUAGGCAGCAUUCCUCCUCCUCCAAACACGGCGAGUUGAGUUGAUGCCAAAGAGCUCGAUUUUGGUCUCAUUAGACCACAACACUUUCACCCAGUUCUCCUCUGAAUCAUUCAGAUGUUCAUUGGCAAACUUCAGACGGGCCUAUAUAUGUGCUUUCUUGAGCAGGGGGACCUUGCGGGCGCUGCAGGAUUUCAGUCCUUCACGGCGUAGUGUGUUACCAAUUGUUUUCUUGGUGACUAUGGUCCCAGCUGCCUUGAGAUCAUUGACAAGAUCCUCCCGUGUAGUUCUGGGCUCAUGAUCAUUGCAACUCCACGAGGUGAGAUCUUGCAUGGAGCCCCAGGCCGAGGGAGAUUGACAGGUCUUUUGUGUUUCUUCCAUUUGCGAAUAAUCGCACCAACUGUUGUCACCUUCUCACCAAGCUGCUUGGCGAUGGUCUUGUAGCCCAUUCCAGCCUUGUGUAGGUCUACAAUCUUGUCCCUGACAUCCUUGGAGAGCUCUUUGGUCUUGGCCAUGGUGGAGAGUUUGGAAUCUGAUUGAUUGAUUGAUUGAUUGCUUCUGUGGACAGGUGUCUUUUAUACAGGUAACAAGCUGAGAUUAGGAGCACUCCCUUUAAGAGUGUGCUCCUAAUCUCAGCUCGUUACCUGUAUAAAAUACACUUGGGAGCCAGAAAUCUUUCUGCUUGAGAGGGGGUCAAAUACUUAUUUCCCUCAUUAAAAUGCAAAUCAAUUUAUAACAGUUUUGACAUGCGUUUUUCUGGAUUUUUUGUUGUUAUUCUGUCUCUCACUGUUCAAAUACCAUUAAAAUUAUAGACUGAUCAUUUCUUUGUCAGUGGGCAAACGUACAAAAUCAGCAGGGGAUCAAAUACUUUUUUCCCUCACUGUAGAUAUACUGUAUGUUGAAUGUACACUGAACAAAAAUAUAAAUGCAACAUGCAACAAUUUCAAAGAUUUUACUGAGUUACAUUUCAUAUAGGGAAAUCAGUCAAUUGAAAUAAAUUAAUUUGUCCCUAAUCUAUUGAUUUCACAUGACUGGAAAUACAGAUAUGCAUCUGUUGGUCACAGAUACCUUUAAAAAAAAAAGUAGGGGCGUGGAUCAAGAAACCAGUCAGUAUCUGCAGCGCAUAAAGUUGAUCAGGCUGUUGAUUGUGGCAGGUGGAAUGUUGGCCCACUCCUCUUCAAUGGCUGUGCAAAGUUGCUGGAUAUUGGCGGUAUGAAAAUGUAUGCGCUCACUUAACUGUAAGUCGCUCUGGAUAAGAGCGUCUGCUAAAUGACUAAAAUGUAAAUGUAACUAGAACACGCUGUCGUUCCAGAGAAUCCCAAACAUACUCAAUGGAAGAACUGGGACAUUUUCAGCUUCCAGAAAUCGUAAUUUUUGUAUUUAUUUUGUUUUAAAUAUUUUUGUGUAUCCUUGCGACGUGGGGCCGUGCAUUAUCAUGCUGAAACAUAAGGUGAUGGCGGAUGAAUGGCACAACAAUGGGCCUCAGGAUCUCGUCACGGUAUCUCUGUGCAUUCAAAUUGCCAUCAAUAAAAUGCAAUUGUGUUCAUUGUCCGUAGUUUAUGCCUGCCCAUAAUCCCAUCGACACCAUGGGGCACUCUGUUCACAACGUUGACAUCAGCAAAUCGCUCGCCCAUACGACGCCAUACACUCUGUCUGCCAUCUGCCCGGUACAGUUGAAAUCGGGAUUCAUCCGUGAAGAGCACACUUCUCCAGCGUGCCAAUGGCCAUCGAAGGUGAGCAUUUGCCCGCUGAAGUCGGUUACGACGCCGAACUGCAGUCAGGUCAAGACCCUGGUAAGGACGACAAGCAAAUUCUUCGGUUGUGCAAACCCACAGUUUCAUCAGCUGUCCAGGUGGCUGGUCUCAGACGAUCCCGCAGGUGAAGAAGCCGGAUGUGGAGGUCCUGGGCUAGCGUGUGCUUACAUGUGGUCUGAGGUUGUGAGGCCGGUUGGACGUACUCUAAAACGACGUUGGAGGUGUCUUAUGGUAGAGAAAUGAACAUUCAAUUCUCUGGCAACAGCUCUGUUGGACAUUCCUGCAGUCAGCAUGCCAAUUGCAUGCUACCUCAAAAGUUGAGACGUCUGUGGCAAUCUGUGGCAUUGGCAUUGUAUUGUGUGACAAAACAAUACAAUGAGAUGAUGGCGCCGACAGACAUGGCAUCUCUGCAUCUCUGCUUCCUAAGCAACUUUGCAGUAUUUUGUUUUUUUGUGUGUUAUUUCUUACAUUAUUAGCCUAGAACGUUUUUUGUGUUAUUACAUACAGCCGGAAAUAACUUUUGGAUAUCAGUGCGGCGGUAACCCACCAGCAUUACAACCAAGAAUACGACUUUCCCGAAUUGGAUCCUUUGUUCGUACCCCCCAGGGCAAUUGAACUUAUCCCAGAGGCUGCUCCAAGACACCGCCGGCAAAGAAUAGGUAUUCGGAGUGGACUUCUAGUCCGACUCAGGAGGCGGGCACACCAUCCACCGCUUCCGAGUAUAUUACUCGCUAAUGUUCAGUCUCUGGACAAUAAAGUAGACGAGCUCAGGGCGAGGACUGUAACAUACUCUGUUUCAUGGAAUCAUGGCUCUCUCGGGGUAUACUGUCCCUGUCUGUACAGCCAGCUGGGUUCUCAGUUCAGGAAUAAAGAACUCUCCGGGAAGAAGAAAUGCGUGGGUGUAGUUUUCAUGAUUAACUACACAUGGUGUGAUUGUGAUAAAAUACAGAAACUCAAGUCCUUUUGUUCACCCGCCCUAGAAUACCUCACAAUCAAAUGCAGACCGUAUUACCUCCCAAGAUAAUUAUCUUCGGUUAUAGUCACAGCCGUGUAUAUUCCCCCUCAAGCCGAUACCACGAUGGCCCUCAAGGAACUACACUGGACUUUAUGCAAACUGGAAACCACAUAUCCUGAGGCCGCAUUUAUUGUAGCUGGGGAUUUUAACAAAGCCAAUUUGAGGAAAACGCUACCGAAGUUCUAUCAACACAUUGACUGCAGUACUCGCUUAGGAAAAACACUAGACCACUGCUACUCGCCAUUUCGAGAUGCCUACAAGGCCCUCCCCCGCCCUCCCUUUGGCAAAUCAGAUCACGACUUCAUUUAGCUCCUCCCUUCCUAUAGGUAGAAAUUCAAACAGGAAGUACCCGCUCUAAGGUCUAUUCAACGCAGGUCUGACCAAUCAGAAUCCAUGCUUCAAGAUUGUUUUGAUCACGCGGACUGGGAUAUGUUCUGGGUAGCCUCUGAGAAUAACAUUGAUGUUUACACGGACACAGUGACUGAGUUCAUCAGGAAGUGUAUAGGGGAUGUUGUUCCCACGGUGACUAUUUAAACCUACCCAAACCAGAAACCAUGGAUAGAUGACAGCAUUCACGCAGAACUGAAAGCACAAACCACCACAUUUCACCAAGGUGACUGGGAAUAUGGUUGAACACAAACAGUGUAGUUAUUCCCACCGUAAAGCAAUCAAACAGGCAAAACGUCAGUACAGAGACAAAGUGGAGUCGCAAUUCAACGGCUCAGACACGAGACGUAUGUGGCAGACAACAACGGAUUACAAAGGGAAAACCAGCCAUGUCGCAGACACCGAUGUCUUGCUCCCAGACAAGCUAAACACCUUCUUCGCCCACUUUGAGGAUAAAUCAGUGCCACCAACGCGGCCCGCUCCCAAGGCCUGUAGGCUUUCGUUCUCCGUGGCCAACAUGAGUAAGACAUUUAAGCGUGUUAACCCUUGUGAGGAUGCCGGCCCAGACGGCAUCCCUAGCCGUGUCCUCAGAGCAUGCGCAGACCAGCUGGCUGGAGUGUUUACGGACAUAUUCAAUCUCUCCCUAUCCCAGUCUGCUGUCCCUACUUGCUUCAAGAUGUCCACCAUUGUUCCUGUACCCAAGAAAGCAAAGGUAACUGAACUAAAUUACUAUCGCCCCGUAGCACUCACCUCUGUCAUAAAGUGCUUUGAGAGGAUCAUAUCACCUCUACCUUACCUGACACCCUAGACCCACUUCAAUUUGCUUACCGCCCCAAUAGAUCCACAGACGAUGCAAUCGCCAUCGCACUACACACUUCCCUAUCCCAUCUGAACAAGAGGAAUACCUAAGUCAGAAUGCUGUUCAUAGACUAUAGCUCAGCGUUCAACACCAUAGUACCCACCAAGCUCAUCAUUAAGCUCGGGGCCCUGGGUCUGAACCCCGCCCUGUGCAACUGGGUCCUGGACUUCCUGACGGACCGCCCCCAGGUGGUGAAGGUAGGAAACAACACCUCCACUUCGCUGAUCCUCAACACAGGGGGCCCCACAAGGGUGCGUGCUCAGCCCCCUCCUGUACUCCCUGUUCACACAUGACUGUGCACGCCUCUAACUCAAUCAUCAAGUUUGCAGACAACAUAAGAGUAGUAGGCCUGAUUACCAACAGUGACGAGACAGCCUACAGGGAGGAGAUGAAGGCCCUGACGGAGUGGUGUCAGGAAAAUAACCUCAACGUCAACAAAACGAAGGAGCUGAUCGUGGACUUCAGUAAACAGCAGUGGGAGCACGCCCCUAUCCACAUCGACGGGACUGCAGUGGAGAAGGUGGAAAGCUUCAAGUUCUUCGGCGUACACAUCACUGACAAUCUGAAAUGGUCCACCCAUACAGGCAGUGUGGUGAAGAAGGCGCAACAGCGCCUCUACAACCUCAGGAGGCUGAAGAAAUUCGGCUUGGCCCCUAAGACCCUCAAACUUCUAUAGAUGCACAAUUGAGAGCUUCUUGUUGGACUGUAAUACCACCUGGUACGGCAACUACACUGCCCACAACCACAGGGCUCUCCAAAGGGUGGUACAGUCUGCCCAACGCAUCACCGGGGGCACACUGCCAGCCCUUCAGGACACCUAUAGCACCCGACGUCACAGGAAGGCCAAAAAGAUCAUCAAGGACAUCAACCACCCGAGCCACGGCCUGUUCAUCCAGAAGGCGAGGUCAGUACAGGUGCAUCAAAGCUGUGACGAGAGACUGAAAAACAGCUUCUAUCUCAAGGCCAUCAGACUGUUAAAUAGUCAUCACUAGCCGGCUACCACCCGGCUACUCAACCCUGCACCUUAGAGGCUGCUGCCCUAUAUAUAUAUAUAUACAUAGACAUGAAUCACUGGCCACUUUAAUAAUGGAACACUAGUCACUUUAAUAAUGUUUACAUACUGCUUUACUCAUCUCAUAUGUAUAUACUGUAUUCUAUUCUACUGUAUUUUUGUCAAUGCCACUCCGACAUUGCUCGUCCUAAUAUCUAUAUAUUUCUUAAUUCCAUUCUUUUACUUUUAGGUUUGUGUAUUGUUGUGAAUUAUUAGAUACUAUUGCACUGUUGGAGCUAGGAACACACGCAUUACGCUACACCAGCAAUAACAUCUGCUAAAUAUGUGUAUGUGACCAAUAACAUUUGUUUUGAUUUUAGAGUGGCCUUUUAUUGUCCCCAGCACAAGGUGCACCUGUGUAAUGAUCAUGCUGUUUAAUCAGCUUCUUGAUAUGCCAUACCUGUCAGGUGGAUGGAUUAUCUUAGCAAAGGAGAAAUGGUUACUAACAGGGAUGUAAACAAAUUUGUGCACAAAGUUUGAGAGAAAUACGUUUUUUCUGUGUAUGGAACAUUUCUGUGAUCUUUUAUGUCAGCUCAUUAAUCUUUGGACCAACACUUUACAUGUUGCGUUUAUAUUUUUGUUCAGUAUAUAUUUCUCAGUGAUCUAUCAGAUGAUGUAUGCUCUGUUUCUAUUGAUAUCUAAUAAAUGCAAUCAAUCAAUUGAUUAAGGUGUCGCGGAAGGGCUCUCGGGACGUGGCUGACCACACGGCCAUCCAAAUGGAUGACUCCGACUCCAUCACAGUGUCAGAGCAGAGCGAGCCCUCUGCAGAGUGCUGGCAGAAUAUGUACAAGCUGCUCAACUUCUACUCCCUCAUCUCUGACCCAACGGGUAUCCUGGAGAAGAGCUCCCCUGAGAACUGCCUCUCGGGUAAGGAUCUCCCCCUCCACUCAGCCAUCUCUUGCCCCUGCCCCCUAGGCACUUAGAAAUAUAAAUGAUUAGUAGGCAAGCACACACUCAUUGCUACUUUGUGUGUGAUCUGUGCAGACGGUGGCCGCAGUCCCUCGGAGCCCCUGUGCAGGAUGAUCUUUGAGAACGAGCAGCAGGACCCCACCACCCCCACUAACAAGCCUCCGUCUGGGCUCGGUGCUGGGGGCAGACGGCGCAGCCUGAUGAGUUCUGAGCCACAGCACGUCACCCUCAUCGUGUUUGGCAUCGGCAUGGUGAACCGCACCCACCUGGAGGCAGACAUUGGAGGCCUGACCAUGGAGGCAGAGCUGAAGAAGAUCCACGGCAGCUUCACACUCAAGGAAAAGAUGAAGGGUGAGGCUCUUAGUAGUGAUGCGUAGGUUGACUCAUAACCUGCAGUCCAUGCGUUUAUAUCCGUGGGCGGGCGGGUUUAGGGUUAUUAAAAAUUGUGUGGAUGAAGGGCAAGUGGGUGACGGGAGGGUUGAAUAAAGAGAAAACAAUAGCCUACCUGAAAACAUCAAUAAAUGUCUCAUUUAGGUUUUUCUUUAAUUAUUUUAGGCUAUCUGACACACUGUACACGUGCCAAAUAGCCUACACGCCAAUCACCAAAUGCUUUUAGGAACGGGCAAAAAAAGUUAAUGUCGAUCCACAGAGGGAAAAAGGACAAUGUCAGAGUUUAAUUUAAUAAGAGAAAAGCUGCGAAAUGGAGAGAUUAAAAUAAAGAGAAGGGAGGGUCAGAAAAGUAAUGUUUGGAAAAUAUUUGUUGAAGUGGUAAAAGAGGAUGAUAGCAGUGCCAGAUAUGUUAUGUGUGAAGAUUGUGAGACGCUAUACAAAUUCGACAGUCACAAGACGGACUUCAAAUAGGCCUAUGGCACGUCAAGGGAACUGUAACCUUCUGUUCAGAUGGGUUAAAUGGAAACGGAAAUCUGGACAGUGACUGUAGGUCUAUAACCUCUCGCAUAGCCUUAAUGUUAACUCCUGCAGAAUUAUGCAUUUCUUGCAGUAAAAUAAAUUUGGACUCGGGAACAAGUCUGGAGAAAUAUGAUAUCUUUCUUUCAGCAUCGUGAGAGAAUGGAAAUGCGCAGUUAGAUUUUUUUUUUUUUUUUGUUAUUGCAUUUUCUCCUCGGUCCCUGAACGUCUUUGCCCCUCGAAAGAAGCAGAGAUGCCAGAGAACUUGACUGAUGUCAACAAAAUUGAAGCAUUCAUUCCACCGAUUUACAUUUUACAUUUUAGUCAUUUAGCAGACGCUCUUAUCCAGAGCGACUUACAGUUAGUGAAUACAUAUUUUUUUUAUACUGGCCCCCCGUGGGAAUCGAACCCACAACCCUGGCGUUGCAAACGCCAUGCUCUAUCAACUGAGCUACAUCCCUGCCGGCCAUUCCCUCCCCUACCCUGGACGACGCUGGGCCAAUUGUGCGCCGCCCAUGAGUCUCCCGGUCGCGGCCGGCGGCGACAGAGCCUGGAUUCGAACCAGGAUCUCUAGUGGCACAGUUAGCACUGCGAUGCAGUGCCUUAGACCACUGCAUCACAUUAUUCUGGUGAGCAAGGGUUUAUUUAGUAUUUUAGGGCAACAUAUAAUGACAGAAGAGAAGCUGUAUGUAUCUAAUUAUAGAUAAGUUGACUAACAAAUAGUCUACCAAAAUGUCAGAAAUUAUAAGCAGAAACAUAUCUAAAUCAGGCAAAUAAUAUCAUGCACCCCCUGUCAGUAAUCGUUCCGCUGUCUCUAGCCUACAGAGCAUUUUCUAGGGUUGGGUGCGGGCCUCAGAUUUUCACUUUAUCACAUAUAGUCGGGCGGUUGCGGAUCAGUUAUUAGCAAUUGCGGGCAGGUGCGGGUGAACAAACAGCUGACCUACGCACCACUAGCUCUUAGCUCUUGGUUUACGUCACUAGUUCAAUACACUGCUUAUUUUUAUUACAUUGUGCAGUACCAUAUCUGUAUUAUAACUCCAUAAUCUGUUUUCAGACAUACUGCACCAGAAGAUGACAGAGACUUGUGCAUCAGCCCACAUAGGAGGAGUAAACAUUGUGCUCCUGGAGGGUAUAACACCAGACAUUCAGUAAGUACUGCUCAAAUUUAGGCAGAUAGUUGCUUCCUUUGCAUUUUGUAUUGAGGUUUGAUAGUGUGCAUUAGGUCUCUGUGAAUUGGAAGACCUAAAAUAACCUUUCUAGUUCGUUUGCCUGUCAUUUUGAUAACCUGUAAAAUGAAUUAUAUGGAACGCUUUAAUUUCCUACCCCACUAUGCCAUUGAUUGCAUGUCAACAUACUGUGUGAGUUAUUCCUACAGUUACUUCACAGUAAUCAAUUCCUAGAAAUAUUCAAAUGACUGCAAAAUUCUGCUGGCAUCACUGGAAAGACUUUUGGCAGGCGAAGGAAGGUGGACAGAUAUUCUAAUCUAGUCUAUUGUCUCGAUAUACUGUAUCUCUGCGUGAAUACUCAAUUUCUCAUUUGCUCUCUUUUUUUUAAACUUUCCCUGCUUUCUCUUACAUCGUCUUACAUAGACUGGAGGAUUUCCCUACAUCUCCUACCAGCACAGCCAAACAAGAGUUUCUGUAUGUGUUCAUAACUACUGCACCUUGGCACAUCAUAGCAAUGCCACAGUAGUACCUAGCUAAAACACCGCUUUCAUUUUGUCUGGAGUCUGUGGUACCCCAGUGUUUCGUCAGUGUACAGCUCUAACUAUGUUACUGUCCUUCAUCGUGUUAAAUUGAUAAUCCCCCACUCUCCUUUUCUCCUCUGUUUCUGUGUUCCUUCCUUCAUGUGUAUGGCGGGUAGAAUAUCUUUUAUAGAUCAGCCAUAUCACAGCGAUUCAUCCUGUAAUCGUGAUCAUAAUUUAUUGUUGUUGAUUUUUUGGCAACGUAAUGGAAGAGCGUAUAGAACCCUGUAAUUCUUAUGCCCCCAUAACAUGGAUGUCGUUAUACAGUGAGGGAAAAAAGUAUUUGAUCCCCUGCUGAUUUUGUACAUUUGCCCACUGACAAAGACAUGAUCAGUCUAUAAUUUGAAUGGUAGGUUUAUUUGAACAGUGAGAGACAGAAUAACAAAAAACUAAUCCAGAAAAACGAAUGUCAAAAAUGUUAUAAAUUGAUUUGCAUUUUAAUGAGGGAAAUAAGUAUUUGACCCCCUCUCAAUCAGAAAGAUUUCUGACUCCCAGGUGUCUUUUAUACAGGUAACGAGCUGAGAUUAGGAGCACACUCUUAAAGGGAGUGCUCCUAAUCUCAGUUUGUUACCUGUAUAAAAAACACCUGUCCACAGAAGCAAUCAAUCAAUCAGAUUCCAAACUCUCCACCAUGGCCAAGACCAAAGAGCUCUCCAAGGAUGUCAGGGACAAGAUUGUAGACCUACACAAGGCUGGAAUGGGCUACAAGACCAUCGCCAAGCAGCUUGGUGAGAAGGUGACGACAGUUGGUGCGAUAUUUCGCAAAUGGAAGAAACACAAAAGAACUGUCAAUCUCCCUGGGGCUCCAUGCAAGAUCUCACCUCGUGGAGUUGCAAUGAUCAUGAGAACAGUGAGGAAUCAGCCCAGAACUACACGGGAGGAUCUUGUCAAUGAUCUCAAGGCAACUGGGACCAUAGUCACCAAGAAAACAAUUGGUAACACACUACGCCGUGAAGGACUGAAAUCCUGCAGCACCCGCAAUGUCCCCCUGCUCAAGAAAGCACAUACAGUGGGGAAAAAAAGUAUUUAGUCAGCCACCAAUUGUGCAAGUUCUCCCACUUAAAAAGAUGAGAGAGGCCUGUAAUUUUCAUCAUAGGUACACGUCAACUAUGACAGACAAAAUGAGAAAAAAAAAUCCAGAAAAUCACAUUGUAGGAUUUUUAAUUAAUUUAUUUGCAAAUUAUGGUGGAAAAUAAGUAUUUGGUCAAUAACAAAAGUUUCUCAAUACUUUGUUAUAUACCCUUUGUUGGCAAUGACACAGGUCAAACAUUUUCUGUAAGUCUUCACACACUGUUGCUGGUAUUUUGGCCCAUUCCUCCAUGCAGAUCUCCUCUAGAGCAGUGAUGUUUUGGGGCUGUCGCUGGGCAACACAGACUUUCAACUCCCUCCAAAGAUUUUCUAUGGGGUUGAGAUCUGGAGACUGGCUAGGCCACUCCAGGAACCUUGAAAUGCUUCUUACGAAGCCACUCCUUCGUUGCCCGGGCGGUGUGUUUGGGAUCAUUGUCAUGCUGAAAGACCCAGCCACGUUUCAUCUUCAAUGCCCUUGCUGAUGGAAGGUUUUCACUCAAAAUCUCAUGAUACAUGGCCCCAUUCAUUCUUUCCUUUACACGGAUCAGUCGUCCUGGUCCCUUUGCAGAAAAACAGCCCCAAAGCAUGAUGUUUCCACCCCCAUGCUUCACAGUAGGUAUGGUGUUCUUUGGAUGCAACUCAGCAUUCUUUGUCCUCCAAACACGACGAGUUGAGUUUUUACCAAAAAGUUCUAUUUUGGUUUCAUCUGACCAUAUGACAUUCUCCCAAUCCUCUUCUGGAUCAUCCAAAUGCACUCUAGCAAACUUCAGACGGGCCUGGACAUGUACUGGCUUAAGCAGGGGGACACGUCUUGCACUGCAGGAUUUGAGUCCCUGGCGGCGUAGUGUGUUACUGAUGGUAGGCUUUGUUACUUUGGUCCCAGCUCUCUGCAGGUCAUUCACUAGGUCCCCCUGUGUGGUUCUGGGAUUUUUGCUCACCAUACUUGUGAUCAUUUUGACCCCACGGGGUGAGAUCUUGCGUGGAGCCCCAGAUCGAGGGAGAUUAUCAGUGGUCUUGUAUGUCUUCCAUUUCCUAAUAAUUGCUCCCACAGUUGAUUUCUUCAAACCAAGCUGCUUACCUAUUGCAGAUUCAGUCUUCCCAGCCUGGUGCAGGUCUACAAUUUUGUUUCUGGUGUCCUUUGACAGCUCUUUGGUCUUGGCCAUAGUGGAGUUUGGAGUGUGACUGUUUGAGGUUGUGGACAGGUGUCUUUUAUACUGAUAACAAGUUAAAACAGGUGCCAUUAAUACAGGUAACGAGUGGAGGACAGAGGAGCCUCUUAAAGAAGAAGUUACAGGUCUGUGAGAGCCAGAAAUCUUGCUUGUUUGUAGGUGACCAAAUACUUAUUUUCCACCAUAAUUUGCAAAUAAAUUCAUAAAAAAUCCUACAAUGUGAUUUUCAGGAUUUUAUUUUCUCAAUUUGUCUGUCAUAGUUGACGUGUACCUAUGAUGAAAAUUACAGGCCUCUCUCAUCUUUUUAAGUGGGAGAACUUGCACAAUUGGUGGCUGACUAAAUACUUUUUUUCCCCACUGUAUAGAGGGCCGUCUGAAGUUUGCCAAUGAACAUCUGAAUGAUUCAGAGGAGAACUGGGUGUAAGUGUUGUGGUCAGAUGAGACCAAAAUCGAGCUCUUUGGCAUCAACUCAGCUCGCCGUGUUUGGAGGAGGGGGAAUGCUGUCUAUGACCCCAAGAACACCAUCCCCACCGUCAAACAUGGAGGUGGAAACAUUAUGCUUUGGGGGUGUUUUUCUGCUAAGGGGACAGGACAACUUCACCGCAUCAAAGGGACGAUGGACGGGGCCAUGUACCAUCAAAUCUUGGGUGAGAACCUCCUUCCCUCAGCCAGGGCAUUGAAAAUGGGUCGUGGAUGGUAUUCCAGCAUGACAAUGACCCAAAAAACACGGCCAAGGCAACAAAGGAGUGGCUUAAGAAGAAGCACAUUAAGGUCCUGGAGUGGCCUAGCCAGUCUCCAGACCUUAAUCCCAUAGAAAAUCUGUGGAGGGAGCUGAAGGUUCGAGUUGCCAAACGUCAGCCUCGAAACCUUAAUGACUUAGAGAAGAUCUGCAAAGACGAGUGGAACAAAAUCCCUCCUGAAAUGUGUGCAAACCUGGUGGCCAACUACAAGAAACGGCUGACUUCUGUGAUUGCCAACAAUGGUUUUGCCACCAAGUACUAAGUCAUGUUUUGCAGAGGGGUCAAAUACUUAUUUCCCUCAUUACAAUGCAAAUCAAUUUAUAACAUUUUGGACAUGAGUUUUUCUGGAUUUUUUUAAUGUUAUACUGUCUCUCACUGUUCAAAUAAACCUACCAUUAAAAUGAUAGACUGAUCAUGUAUUUUUCAGUGGGCAAACGUACAAAAUCAGCAGGGGAUCAAAUAGUUUUUUCCCUCACUGUAUGCCUCUUAAUGUGUAGUAUGCUUGCUGUCUAACAAAAAUGACCCAAACACAAUUUUUUUGUACAUUGUUGUUCUGUAGAUGUUGUCCUGUCUUAACCUGUUGUCAAACAGUCAUAUUAGAAUCGCUGACACUCUGCUCUGCCAAUUCCAGAACGGUUGUGAAAUGCAACGUAGCUAAGUCCCAGGCCCUCUACAGCGCCCAGCGCGGCCUGAAGACCAACAACGCAGCUGUGUUCAAGGUGGGCGCCAUCAUGAUCAACAUCCCCCAGCACCCUGCCACGCUGCACAGCAUGAUGGUCCGCAGCUCCCAUCAGCUCUCAAAGCAGAUCUCCGACCUCAUCCGCCAGCCGUCCAACGUGUGAGUCUAGGGGAGGAAAUUGUUGUAUUAUUCACAAGUUAUUGUAUUAUUUAUGCUUUGAGUCCCAUUGAAAUCUGUAGGUAUCUCCUAGGUGAGCCCCGCCCAAGAACUGGGGCAGGGUAGGCAGAACUGCUUGCUUAGUUUGGUCCUCACUUAAGUGUCUAGUAUGACAGGAAAGCAUUUUAGUGAGAAAACCAUCAUUUUUUCCCUCAGAAUUUCCUUCAUGGACUAAGCAAAACUUCUUCAUCCUGAACUGUUAUUUUUUCCUUUAGGUCACCCCCCAACAGGGAAGACACCCCCACCCCUCAGCCCUCUGACAAGGCGUCCAGCAUCAACCAGACUCCCGUGGAGGCCAAUGAGUUCCCCCAGCUGCCAGAGGGCCUGGAGAAGAAGCCCAUCGUUCUCAAGUUCAGCGCCAUGAUGGACGGCAUCACCAUAGGAGCAGCCCUUUUGCCCUCCCUCAAGGCUGAGUACAAGAUGGGCCGCAUGAAGAGCCACGGCAUGACAGGUACAGUGCCUUCAGAAAGUAUUCAUACUCCUUGACUUAUUCUAGAUUUUGUUGUGUUACAGCCUGAAUUAAAAAUGGAUUAAAUAGAUUUGACAAAGUGAAAACAUGUUUUUAGACAUGUUUUCAGUACUAUUGAAAAUGAAAUACACAUAUCUCAUUUACAUACAGUACCAGUCAAAAGUUUGGACACACCUACUCAUUCAAGGGUUUUUCUUUAUUUGUACUAUUUUCUACAUUGUAGAAUAAUAGUGAAGACAUCAAAACUAUUAAAUAACACAUGGAAUCAUGUAGUAACCAAAAAGUGUUAAACAAAUCAAAAUAUAUAUAUAUUUUUUUAGAUUCUUCAAAAUAGCCACCCUUUUCCUUGAUGACAGCUUUGCACACUCUUGGCAUUCUCUCAACCAGCUUCAUGAGGAAUGCUUUUCCAACAGUCUUGAAGGAGUUCUUAUGCUGAACACUUGUUGGCUGCUGUUCCUUCACUUUGCGGUCCAACUCAUCCCAAACCAUCUCAAUUGGGUUGAGGUCGGGUGAUUGUGGAGGCCAGGUCAUCUGAUGCAGCACACCUUCACUCUCCUUCUUGGUCAAAUAGCCCUUACACAGCCUGGAGGUGGGUUUUGGGUCAUUGCCCUGUUGAAAACAAAUGAUAGUCCCACUAAGCGCAAACCAGAUGGGAUGGUGUAUCGCUGCAGAAUGCUGUUCUAGCCAUGCUAGUUAAGUGUGCCUUGAAUUCGAAAUAAAUCACUGACAGUGUCACCAGCAAAGCACCCCCACACCAUCACACCUCCUCCUCCAUGCUUCACGGUGGGAACCACACAUGCAGAGAUCAUCCGUUAACCUACUCUGCGUCUCACAAAGACACAGCGGUUGGAACCAAAAAUCUAAAAUUUGGACUCAUCAGACCAAAGGACAGAUUUCAACCGGUCUAAUGUCCAUUGCUCGUGUUUCUUGGCCCAAGCAAUUCUCUUCUUCUUAUUGGUGUCCUUUAGUAGUGGUUUCUUUGCAGCAAUUCGACCAUGAAGGCCUGAUUCACGCAGUUUCCUCUGAACAGUUAAUGUUGAUGUGUCUGUUACUUGAACUCUGUGAAGCAUUUAUUUGGGCUGCAAUCUGAGGUGCUGUUAACUCUAAUGAACUUAUCCUCUGCAGCAGAGGUAACUCUGGGUUUUCCUUUCCUGUGGCUGUCCUCAUGAGAGCCAGUUUCAUCAUCGCGCUUGAUGGUUUUUGCGACUGCACUUGAAGAAAUUUUCAAAGUUCUUGAAAUUUCCGGAUUGACUGACCUUCAUGUCUUAACCUCUAUGGGAUCGGUGUCCCGUAGACGGGACGGUUGAGCUAACGUGCGCUAAUGUUAUUAGCAUGACUGUUGUAAGUAACAGCAAACUUUCCAGGACAUAGACAUGUCUUAUAUGGGCAGAAAGCUUAAAUUCUUGUUAAUCUAACUGCACUGUCCAAUUUAGAGUAGCUAUUACAGUGAAAAAAAUGACAUGCUAUUGUUUGAGGAGAGUGCACAACAACAAAAAACGUAUCACGGCAACUGGUUUCAUACAUUCACCUCUGAAGGUAAAUAAUGUACUUACAUUCAUGUAAUCAUGCUCUGAUUUGUCAUCCUGAGGGUCCCAGAGAUAGAAUGUAGCAUAGUUUUGUUUGAUAAAAUCAAUGUUUAUAUUCAAAUGUUUGGAACUGGGUUCUACAGUUUGAACCGCUGCUGUCUCUGGCUCCACACCCAUCCCGCCCAGCCAUCUAGAUGUGUGAAAGUUAGUGUAUAAGCUAAUGAUCCAUCAUGUAUGACAUUCCUGGGAGUGUGUAAACUUACAUUUUGUUUUACCAUAUCAUUUUUUUAUGUUCUCUAUAGUUAUGCACUUGAAAAUGUAUCAAUUGACCAAUUUGGCACAUUUGGGCAGACUUGAUACAAAAUAGUCCAGUAUUGCAACGCUUCACUGGAUCAAUCUGAAACUUUGCACACACUGCUGCCAUCUAGGGGCCAAAAUCUAAAUUGUGCCUAAACUGCAUUAUUACAUUGUGGCCGUUCUCUUGCAUUUCAAAGAUGAUGGAACAAAACAAAUAAUAGAAAACGCAUGUUUUUUUGUUUGUAAUAUCUUUUACCAGAUCUAAUGUGUUAUAUUCUCCUACAUUAAUUUCCCAUUUCCACAAAUUUCAAAGUGUUUCCUUUCAAAUGGUAUCAAGAAUAUGCAUAUCCUUGAUUCAGGUCCUGAGUUACAGGCAGUUAGAUUUGGGUAUGUCAUUUUAGGCGAAAAUUGAAAAAAAGGGUCCGAUCCUUAAGAGGUUUAAGUAAUGAUGGACUGUAAUUUCCCUUUGCUUAUUUGAGCUGUUCUUGCCAUAACAUGGACUUGGUCAUGUACCAAAUAGGGCUAUCUUCUGUAUACCACCCCAACCUUGUCACAACACAACUGAUUGGCUCAAAUGCAUUAAGAAGGAAAGAAAUUCCACAAGUUAACUUUUAACAAGGCACACCUGUUAAUUGAAAUGCAUUCCAGGUGACUACCUCAUGAAGCUGGUUGAGAGAAUGUCAAGAGUGCAAAGUUGUAAUCAAGGCAAAGGGUGGCUACUUUGAAGAAUCUCAAAUAUAAAAUAUAUUUUGAUUUGUUUAACACUUUUUUGGUUACUACAUGAUUGCAUAUGUGUUAUUUCAUAGCUUUGAUGUCUUCACUAUUAUUCUACAAUGUAGAAAAUUGUAAAAAUAAAGAAAAACCCUGGAAUGAGUAGGUGUGUCCAAACUUUUGCCUUAUAGUGUAAGCAUUCACACCCCUUUGCUAUGACACUCCAAAUGUAGCUCACGUGCAUCCAAUUUCCUUUGAUCAUCCUUGAGAUGUCACUACAACUUGAUUGGAGUCCACCUGUGGCUAAUUCAAUUGUUUGGACAUCUAGAAAGAAGCACACCUGUCUGUAUAAGGUCCCACAGUUGAUAGUGCAUGUCAGAGCAGAAACUAUACCUUGAAGUUCAAGGAACUGUCCUUAGAUCUCCAAGAUAUAAUUGUUAUGAGGUGUGUCCACUACAUGUACAUGCCUCGUCGAACAUCUCAUUCCAAAAACAUGGGCAUUAAUAUGGAGUUGGUCCCCCCUUUGCUGCUAUAACAGCCUCCACUCUUCUGGGAAGGCUUUCCACUAGAUGUUAGAACAUUGCUGCGGGGACUUGCUUCCAUUCAGCCACAAGAGCGUUAGUAAGGUCAGGCACUGAUGUUUUUUAUUUUUUAUUUUAUUUCACUUUUAUUUAACCAGGUAAGCCAGUUGAGAACAAGUUCUCAUUUACAACUGCGACCUGGCCAAGAUAAAGCGAAGCAGUGCGAUAAAAACAACAACAACACAGUUACAUAUGGAAUAAACAAAAAUAAAACGUACAGUCAAUAACACAAUAGAAAAUCUAUAUACAGUGUGUACAAAUGUAGUAAGUUAUGGAGGUAAGGCAAUAAAUAGGCCAUAGUGCAAAAUAAUUACAAUUUAGUAUUAACACUGGAGUGAUAGAUGUGCAGAAGAUGAUGUGCAAAUAGAGAUACUGGGGUGCAAAUGAGCAAAAUAAAUAACAAUAUGGGGAUGAGGUAGUUGGGUGGGCUAAUUACAGAUGGGCUGUGUACAGGUGCAGUGAUCGGUAAGCUGCUCUGACAACUGAUGCUUAAAGUUAGUGAGGGAGAGAAGUGUCUCCAGCUUCAGAGAUAUUUGCAGUUCGUUCCAGUCAUUUGCAGCAGAGAACUGGAAGGAAUGGCGGCCAAAGGAGGUGUUGGCUUUGGGGAUGACCAAUGAGAUGUACCUGCUGGAACGCAUACUACGGGUGGGUGUUGCUAUGGUGACCAAUGAUCUAAGAUAAGGUGGGGAUUUGCCUAGAAGUGAUUUAUAGAUGACCUGGAGCUAGUGGGUUUGGCGACGAAUAUGUAGUGAGGGCCAGCCAACGAGCGCGUAUAGGUCACAAUGGUGGGUAGUAUAUGGGGCUUUGGUGACAAAACGGAUGGCACUGUGAUAGACUACAUCCAAUUUGCUGAGUAGAGUGUUGGAAGCUAUUUUGUAAAUGACAUCGCCGAAGUCAAGGAUCGGUAGGAUAGUCUGUUUUACGAGGGCAUGUUUAGCAGCAUGAGUGAAGGAGGCUUUGUUGCGAAAUACGAAGCCGAUUCUAGAUGUAACUUUGGAUUGGAGAUGCUUAAUGUGAGUCUGGAAGGAGAGUUUACGGUCUAACCAGACACCUAGGUAUUUGUAGUUGUCCACAUAUUCUAAGUCAGACCCGUCGAGAGUAGUGAUUCUAGUCGGGCGGGGGGGGUGCAAGCAGCGUUCGAUUGAAGAGCAUGCAUUUACUUUUACUAGCGUUUAAGAGCAGUUGGAGGCCACGGAAGGAGUGUUGUAUGGCAUUGAAGCUCGUUUGGAGGUUUGUUAACACAGUGUCCAAUGAAGGGCCAGAUGUAUACAAAAUGGUGUCGUCUGCGUAGAGGUGGAUCUGAGAAUCACCAGCAGCAAGAGCGACAUCAUUGAUAUACACAAAGAAUAGAGUCGGCCCGAGAAUUGAACCCUGUGGCACCCCCAUAGAGACUGCCAGAGGUCCAGACAACAGGCCCUCCGAUUUGACACAUUGAACUCUAUCUGUGAAGUAGUUGGUGAACCAGGCAAGGCAGUCAUUUGAGAAACCAAGGCUAUUUAGUCUGCCAAUAAGAAUGCGGUGGUUGACAGAGUCAAAAGCCUUGGCCAGGUCGAUGAAGACGGCUGCACAGUACUGUCUUUUAUCGUUCGCGGUUAUUAUAUCGUUUAGGACCUUGAGCGUGGCUGAGGUGCACCCAUGACCACCUUGGAAACCAGAUUGCAUAGCGGAGAAGGUACGGUGGGAUUCGAAAUGGUCGGUGAUCUGUUUGUUAACUAGGCUUUCAAAUACUUUCGAAAGGCAGGGCAGGAUGGAUAUAGGUCUGUAACAGUUUGGAUCUAGAGUGUCACCCCCUUUGAAGAGGGGGAUGACCGCGGCAGCUUUCCAAUCUCUGCGGAUCUCAGACGAUACGAAAGAGAGGUUGAACAGGUUAGUAAUAGAGGUUGCGACAAUUUCUGGGGGGGGGCAUGGGCAAGUUGCAGCGGAGGGUGCAGAGCUGGUGGCCGGGGUAGGGGUAGCCAGGUGGAAAGCAUGGCCAGCUGUAGCAAAAUGUGGCGGCAGGUAGCUUAGUGGUUAAGAGCGUUGUGCCAGUAACCGAAAGGUCGCUGGUUCUAAUCCCCGAGCCGACUAGGUGAAAAAUCUGUCGACGUGCCCUUGAGCAAGGCACUUAACCCUAAUUGCUCCUGUAAGUCGCUCUGGAUAAGAGCUUCUGCUAAAUGACUAAAAUGAAAUAAUAAAUAAUAAAAUGCUUUUUGAAAAUCUCGAUUAUCAUACAUUUAUCGGUGGUGACAGUGUUUCCUAGCCUAAGUGCAGUGGGUAGCUGGGAGGAGGUGCUUUUAUUCUCCAUGGACUUUAGUGUCCCAAAACUUUUUUGAGUUAGUGCUACAGGAUACAAAUUUCUGUUUGAAAAAGCUAGCCUUUGCUUUCCUAACUGCUUGUGUAUAUUGGUUCCUGACUUCCCUGAAAAGUUGCAUAUCGCGGGGGCUGUUCGAUGCCAAUGCAGUACGCCACAGGAUGUUUUUGUGCUGGUCAAGGGCAGUCGGCGUUCCAAUUCAUCCCAAAGGUGUUUUCGAUUGGGUUGAGAAUGGGCUCGGUGCAGGCCAGUCAAGUUCUUAUACACCGAUCUCGACAAACCAUUUCUGAAUGGGCCUCCCUUUGUGCACAGGGCCGUUGUCAUGCUGAAACAGGAAAGGGCCUUCCCCAAACUGUUGCCACAAAGCUGGAAGCACAGAAUCGUCUAGAAUGUCAUUGUAUGCUGUAGCAUUAAGAUUUCCCUUCACUGGAACUAAGGGACCUAGCCCGAACCAUGAAAAACUGCCCCAGACCAUUAUUCCAUCUCCACCAAACUUUACAGUUGGCACUAUGCAUUGGGGCAGGUGUCCAACAGCAGCAAACUUUACACCCUUGCACAUAGGCUUGUGUGUGGCUGCUCGGCCAUGAAAACCCAUUUCAUGAAGCUCCCAACGAACAGUUAUUGUGCUGAAGUUGCUUCCAGAGGCUGUUUGGAACUUGGUAGUGAGUGUUGCAACCGAGGACAGACUAUUUUUACACGCUACGCGCUUCAGCACUCUGCGAUCCUGUUCUGUGAGCUUGUGUGGCCUGCAGCUUCACGGCUGAGCUGUUGUUGCUCCUCGACGUUUCCACUUCACAAUAACAGCACUUACAGUUGACCGUGGCAGCUCUAGCAGGGCAAAAAUUUGAUGAACUGACUUGUUGGAAAGGUGGCAUCCUAUAACUGUGACACGUUGAAAGUCACUGAGCUCUUCAGUACGGGCCAUUCUACUACCAAUGUUUGUCAAUGGAGAUUACAUGGCUGUGUGCUCGAUUUUAUACACCUGUCAGCCACGGGUGUGGCUGAAAUAGCAGAAUCCACUAAUUGAAGCAUAGUCCAGAUUCUUUUGGCCAUGUAGUGUAUCUGGGGAAGGGUAUAAAACAAUUUCUAGAGGGUUGAACGUUUCUAAGAGCACAGUGGUCUACAUUAUUGGGAAAUUGAAAAAAUAUGGAACUACCCAGACUCUGCCUAGCGCUGGCCAUCCGACCAAACUGAGCAACCGGGCAAGAAGGACCUUGGUCAGGCAGGUGACCAAGAACCUAAUGACCACUCUGACAGAACUACAGAGUUCCUUGGCAGAGAUGGUAGAACCUGGCAAAAUGACAACAGUCUCUACAGCACUUCACCAAUCUGGGCUUUAUGGGAGAGUGGCCAGACGGACAAUGGCACAUGACAAUUUGCAAAAAGGCACUUGAAUCCCGUUGAAAAUCUGUGGAAAGACUUGAAGAUUGCUGUUCACCGCCUCUCCCCAUCUUAACAGAGCUUGAGAAAAUCUGCAAGGAAGAAUGGGAGAAAAUCCCCAAAGCUGUAACACAACAAAAUGUGGAAUAAGUCAAGGGCUAUGAAUACUUUAUGAAGGCACUGUAGUUAGCACCAAGCUUUAACCCCCAACUGGGGUAAUGGGAUAUUGUACUUGUAUUAUGAGGAUCUUAUUAUUUGUGAUAUGACAAUGCAUCUUAAUGUAAUUCAGAGUAGAUUGUUAAACUCAUCCUUGUUUGUUCUCUGUGCAGGCGCCCAGACAAGGUUCACAUUCGAGCUGCCCAACCACAAGCUGUGUUUCCAGUCCAAGGUGUCCCCGGUGGACACCAUGUCCGCCAUGCCGCCCUCGGCCAACCUCAACCUCCCGCCAGUCACCAUGUCUGGAGAAUACAUAAUGGAGGACCACGAGGGCCACUCAGAUUUUACCGACGACUUCCCAAUCCCCAUGAAGCAGGGCAACUACCUCCAGGGGAAUUACCUGCGCUGUGUGGCUGAGGUGAGGCUGCAAUAUUCAAGUAGAAUAUCUCUGGUAUUGCAGACUAUACCUUUUAUUAAUAUAAAUGAUAUGUCAACACAGUUAUUGUUCUAUUUUGAUUGUUUGUUCAUUUGUUUGGAUAUUAUCUGAGCUAGAUAUAAAUUGGCGUCGUGCGUAAUGCUCAUGCGGGGUGAAAUUUGUAUGUAUUUGCGGAUGUGAGUACUCUGUCCGUUCGACCUGACAAAGAUCCUUGUGAAUCGAAAUAUUGUCAAUGAAGUGAUAAUUGGGAGAAUAUUCAGUCUGUGUGGGCCUUUCUGUUAUUUUCAUUGAUUUCAAUCCCCCUUCACCUAGAUUGGUUCUUUUGAGCACAACCUCACCACGGACCUCCUGAACCACCUGGUGUUCCUGCAGAAGGUUUUCAUGAAGGAAGUCAAUGAGGUCAUCCAGAAAGUAUCAGGUCUGUCCCGCUGUAUAACACAAAGACACUGAAAGUUGUUGUUGUGUUUCAGUAUUUUGCUUAGACACUUUGGGUUAAAUGUUUGUCUAUGCAGGAGGAGAGCAGCCCAUCCCUCUGUGGAAUGAGCAUGACAUCUCAACAGAUGCUGACAAGCCCAAGAUUCUGCUCUACUCACUCAGUCUGAUGUUUAAGGUAUCAGUAUUUAAAACAAGAAAUGUGCUGCAGUUUACAUUCUUGUUACUUAUUGCUUGUGUGCAGGAAUGGAACGGAUGACUUUUUCCUGAAUUCUUAUGAUUUGCAGGGUAUCCAGAUGACAGCCACCACUCCAUCCAUGAGAGCGGUGCGCUUCGAGACAGGGCUGAUAGAGCUGGAGCUCUCCAACAGGAUCCAGUGUAAAGCCCAGCCUGGCGGCAGCAGCAGCUACCUCAAACUGUUUGGGAAGUGCCAAGUGGACCUUAACCUCGCCUUGGGCCAAAUAGUCAAGCAUCAGGUAGGCUACAGCAAAUCAAUAUAGGUUGUGUUUGUUUCCAUUAGCUGCUGCAAUCAGAUUCCUCCUUUGAGGAUCAAUAAAGUACUGUGUCUGCCCCUGUUUUGGGAGUUAUAACUAUUUCUUUAUUCCACAGGUGUACGAGGAGGCGGGUUCAGACUUCCACCAGGUGGCCUACUUCCGCACUCGUAUUGGCUUACGGAACGCCCUUCAGGAGGAGAUCAGUGGCUCCUCGGACAAAGAGGCAGUACUCAUCACUCUCAACCGGCCAAUCGUCUUUGCUCAGCCUGUGGCCUUUGACAGAGGUCAGGCCUUAAUAGUAGACUAAGUUUUCAAAUUCUCAGAAUCAAAUGUUCUAAAUUGUAUAACCUCCCUAACAAAAUCGUCAUAGAAAAUGUCAUCACUGUUUCCCUUCUCGUUGCAGCUGUGCUCUUCUGGCUGAACUACAAGGCGGCCUACGACAACUGGAACGAGCAGCGUCUGGCAUUGAACAAAGACAUCCACAUGGCCACCAAGGAGGUGGUGGACAAGCUGCCGGGCAUCCAACAGACCUCAGCCCAGGCCUUCAGCACCCUGUUCCUGCAGCUCACCGUCAACGACCUUGGAAUCUGUUUGCCCAUCACGAACACCUCACUGGUAGGAGGAGAAUGAUGAUCUUAACAAUGAUGUUAACAAUUUGGGCAAUUUUUUUGCACACAAAUGUUUUAGGUAGAAAGCCUUUGCAAUGUGGCAUGUUAAAAUGGUAUAUAAUUUUUAAGUACUGUAUAUUAAUACAUGUCGGGCUUAUAGAGAAAGAGGGCACACGUCUUGGACACACAAUGCUCCUAAGAAUAGUUUUACAUGUAACAAAUAAUAGUUAUUACAUUUCAGUGUAUUUUACUACCCAAACCCUGACGGUGCUCAAUUUUGUCUUUGACCCGUAGACCUAUUUUUUUUUAUCAGACCUUGUCCUGAAACUGUUUAUGUGUGUUACAUUGAUAUGAGCUAAAUUGUAAGAAAUAUGCUUGUCUGAAAGUGGCACACAGUGUGAGUAAUCGUCAAAUCAUGGGUCAUCUCGUUCGCAAAAGAGCUGAUCCAAAGUUUUCUCAAAUGGGUUAUUCUUCUUUACAACAAUUUUUUGUCGCAAUGCUUCAUUUGAAUCAGAACCAAUUAUAAAAACACCAAAUAUAGAAGAAUGAGUAUAUACUAGUAGUAGUUUGGUGAAUUUGAAUAACUUCAGUGACUUUAUUAAAAUAUAGUUGGCUAUAUGGGAAGAGUUUUUCUGAAGCACGUUACUUGAAGGAGCAUUUCCGGACACACACUGGAGAGAAACCUUACUCCUGCUCUGUCUGUGAGAAGAGUUUUGCAAGAUCAGCAGACCUUUUAGUCCACCACAAAGAUCAUACAGGAGAGAAACCUUACAGCUGCGCUAAACGCGGACAGCGCUUCAUUAGUUCUCAAAAACUUCAGAGACACCAGAAAACUCAUGUUGGUUCACCACCUGUUGAGUUUCAAAACCCUGUUACAAUUGAAGGAGGGAUGGAGGGAGAAGAUGAGGAGGAGGAAGUUGGUGGUCUGAUUCAUUCAGAUGGAGAAAAAGUUGGUUGGGAUCUUCAUCGUCUCAACAAGAGUUCUGACAAGGAGGGGAGAGCCUCUACAUCAGGAGUACCUAAAGAAACCCAGGGGAAUCUCAAAGCUCAGAGAUACAGUUGCUCUGUAUGUGGGAAAGACUGGAAACGGUUAUUUGAUCUGAAAAGACACAUGACAACACACACAGGAGAGAAACCAUACAGCUGUUCUGUCUGUGGGAAGGGUUUCACAAGAUCAUCAGACCUUAAAAUACACAAUAGAGUUCAUACAGGAGAGAAAUCUUCCAGCUGUGCCGAAUGUGGCCAGAGCUUCACCACUUCUCAGAGUCUUGGGAGACACAAGAAGAGACGCCACAGCUCACUUCCUGAGGAGGACCUAGCUGCAGAGGUAAAGAGUGAGGAGGACUUCACUAGUAUCAGUGAUGAAGAGGAGGAGGAGGAAACCUCUGCUGUGGAAGGGGGAAACAAGGACUAGCCUUACAUAUCAUGAUGUAAAAGCUACUGUACAGCAGGGUUUGGAUCCAUUCAGGAAGUUCAAUUGAGGACAGCUUAAUGAAUGAACAACAGAGACAGAAUGCAAAUAUGAAAGUUUAUUAAAAUUGUUAAGAGUUCAGGUGGGCCCUGUAUGUAUGUGUGUGUGUAUGUGUAUAUAUAUAUAUAUAUCUCACUAUAUUAACACAGCCUGGAGUUCAGGUGGGCCUUCAGCAAACAAAGGAAAGGAGGGGUCCUCAACAACAAUGACAAAAAUGCCUCCUGUAGCUCAGUUGGUAGAGCAUGUUAACAACUUAACUGUAAGUCGCUCUGGAUAAGAGCGUCUGUUAAAUGACUAAAAUGUAAAUGUAAAUGUAUAUACACUCAGUGGCCAGUUUAUUACGUACACCCAUCUAUUACCGGGUCAGACCCCACGAUGCCUCCAGAACAGCCUAAAUUCUUUGGGUCAUGGAAACAUUGCCCAAUUGGUAUCAAGGGACCUAACAAGUGCCAGGAAAACAUUCCCCACACCAUUACACCACUGCCACCAGCCUGAACCGUUGACACCAGGCAGGAUGGGGCCAUGGACUCAUGCUGCUUACGCCAAAUUCUGACUCUGCCAUCAGCAUGACGCUACAGGAACCGGGAUUCAUCGGACCAGGCAAUGUUUUUCCACUCCUCAAUCGUGGAACCCUGUGUGGUCGUCUGCUACAAUAGCCAUUCUCCUUCGACCUCUCAUCAACAAGCUGUUUUCGCCCACAGGACUGCCGCUGACUGGAUGUUUUUUGUUUGUCUCACCAUUCUCUGCAAACCCUAGACACUGUCGUGCAUGAAAAGCCCAGGAGGCUGGCUGUUUCUGAGAUAGUGGAACUGGCGCGCCUGGCACCGACGAUCAUACCACACUCAAAGUCGCUUAGGUCACUCGUUUUGCCCAUUCUAACGUUCAAUCAAACAGUAACUGAAUGCCUCAAUGCCUGUCUGCCUGCUUUAGGAGCGAACCAUUUUCGUGAAAGGGGUGGUGUACCUAAUAAAGUGUAGCUAGCUGCAGUAGUAUGUAGCUGAAUAGAUACAAUUAGGCCAAAAUUAGGUCAAAGUUGGAAUUUGACUACAUCCACAGUCCCUAGUGGUUUCUCUUACAAGUUAGUGAAAGUUAUAAUUGUAUCUCUUAUCUCCAUAGAAAGGACAUAUACCAGGGUUCGAAGGCAUCCGCUCUGAAGCUGGGGCCAGCAGAUCUGUAGGCCCGCAAAAAUAUGCACGAAAAGUAAUUUACAAUCUAUUCAAUCUCUUGUGAACACUUGUGUGAUGUUAUUCAACGGUCUAUUACUGUUUUACUUGUAGCAACCUGUUAUAAGUGUUGUGACGCAAUCUUGACACAAAGCUGACAUAACAGGUUAUGGCAGUGAACAACCAACUAUUUAAUUGAGACAACUGACAUAACUUUAAUGAAGCUUGAAAUGGUUUGACUGGUUGAAUGUCUCCUAUUUCCUAUUCCUAAGUAAUAUACUUUAUUUAAAGGUUGGCCAAUAUGAUGCUUAAAACCGUUAUUAAAUAGUUUUUAACCAUUAGUAAACCAUUCUAUUAUUAGGUUUCAAGCAGCAAACUUGUGCAUAUGUUCAUAUAAUUUCAUGAAUUAUUACAAACACCUGUAAUCAUAAUAUGAUACAUGGAUAAAUAACAAGCCUUACAUGUGUGUUGAGUUUAAUUGUUAACAAACUAGUUAAUGUUUAUAAACAGACCGUCAAAUAAAAUGUUACCGUAACACUUCACCUAUUCCUAACACACGACUGACUCUUAACCUUAAUGUUAUCCCUGUGCUAGACUUACCAGUAACCUAACUUUAACAUCUUACUCCCCCAUCCACCCUUAAACCUCGAUCCUCACAGGCCAACCACAGCAUUGACUUUGACACGGGCUCGGCCCUGGUGCUGACCAUCGAGAGCACGCUGAUCACCGCCUGCUCCUCUGAGUCUCUGGUCAGCAAGGGCCACUUCAAGAACUUCUGCAUCCGCUUCGCUGAGGGCUUUGAGACCUCCUGGGACGACUGGAAGCCUGAGAUCCGAGGAGACAUGAUCAUGAACGCCUGUGAGUGAUUGGACCGUGAGAUGUUGGCUUUUACAUACAGACUGGGAUUGAAAAUGCAUGAAAUCAGAAAAUGGGCCGGCUUGUCUAUAAGAGCUGGGCCUGGAAAAGCUGAGGUUUUAAGUUUAACAUCAGAAGAUUACUUUAUAAAGAUUAAGUACAUAAAACAACAUAGGGAAAGUCUUCAGCUUCACCAAGAUAUUGAGUACCAAAGGGACCAAUGCCUUUUGAUAUUCCACCCUACUUAAGCUGUACAUGUGCCUAACUUCCUGCAGUGUGGUCCCCUACACGGUGCCGGUCUUCUUUUUGAUGUAAUAUUUGAAUGUGUUGAUUUUGUAGGUGUUGUUCCAGAUGGCACAUAUGAAGUGUGCUCCAGAACCACAGGCCAGCCUUCUGCAGGUAAGUACUUCACUGAUAAUGGGCAUUAAACCUUGUGUAUAUUAUGAAAGGGGUUAGUUUGACUGUGAACGUUGUCAAGCUGUUAUCCAAAACACAGCACAGCUGUUUUCUACUUCUUUGUGAACAAGAUCUUUGUAUUCUAGUGAGUGAUAGAUGGAUUUAGUGUUGGAAAAUAUUAUUUCUCCCUCCAUGUGCGACCAUCAGAAAGCAGCAGUGCAGGCACCUGGGCGCUGAACGUGCUGUGGAAAAUGUGUGGUAUCGACGUCCACAUGGACCCCAACAUUGGCAAGCGUCUCAAUGCCCUAGGCAACACACUGACCUCGCUGACUGGAGAGGAGAAUGCGGAUGACAUCGCUGACCUCAACUCAGUCAACAUGGUCAACUUGUCUGAUGAGGAUGAGGCCGACACCAUGUCACCCACCAUCCAUUUGGUCAGUCUUUUCAGUCUUUCCCUAACCAUGAUAACCAUGCUGAAUAUUUGUGUAUCACUUUGAACAUAUGAAUUGUAUAACUUUGAGUGUGUUCGUGUCCUGUGAGUUUAAUGCCUGUGAUUCUUUUGCAGUACAACCACGAGAUGAUUUAAAAGACUCUUAAAGCACUAUGAUUGUGUUAGAGAUUAUUGUUGCUCUGUGUGCGUGUGUAAAAUCCCUGACUGUGUGUCAAGAAUGUAAAAAAGCACUGAGUGUCAAGACUGCAUGUCUGUUCAAACCAUGUCAACCCAUUACAGCCACUGUGACAGCACUAAAAGCUAACCAAGUGACUUAGUCCAUGCACCCAGUUGAACCUUGUCUUGGGCGUAUCCAUCCCAUUGCUUGCAGGGGAGCCCAGAGGGAGAGUGCAGCAGCCCCAGGCUCACGUUCAGGACGCGGCUGGUAAACAGCAUACUGGGCCUGAAAAGCCAGAGUGUCUCGGUACCAGGCGACUACCUAAACGACUAUGCCCCUCCCCAGUCCAGAGGGAACAGGGCCAGGGCUCCCAGACCCCUAUCCUGGGGAUGUGUAUGUACUGUAGCCCAUCCUCAACUGCCCCACUCUAUUCUCCUGUCUUCUGGGCCCGUUAAUCAUGCUAAGGGUGACAUUAAGGCUUUAUUGUCCAGAUUUCAAGCUGCAGAAUGGAUUUCAAUUGCUAAGUGACACAAUUGUGUAUUUGGAGAAGAAACUAACGGCAAACUAGGGAUGGACAUUUGAAUCAAGUUCACAAUUCGAAUAAUAUUAUUACAUUUUUUAGGGAUAUCUGGAUAAUUGAAAUGCAUGUUAAAUUAUAAUUUUUGUAACUUUGGAAAUGGCUUGCUGCGUAGCCUGCGUGACUUGGGGAGAGAGGUGCCGCUCUGCUUUCUUGCAGCAAUUGAGUUUAAUUGAGGCUAUUUUUCUGCACUUCCCAUCCUUGUCUACAACAACUUCAUUGAGAUUCAUGUGUCAAAGUACGACGUGAAUGAGGUAGGCGAAGUCAAACGCAGGACACCGAGCGACUGGAAACGAUACUUUACUAACAAAGUAACCAGAAUACAAAACAACCUCCAAACAGGAAGGGGAAUACCCGCACACUAGCAACUGCCGAAAAUGACGAGAACAAUCACACACAACACACAAUGAACGACAGAGGGUUAAAUAGGGAAUACAAUACAACAUAAUAGGAAACAGGUGUACACAAUCAAGACAAAACAAGUCAAACACAGAAACAUAGAUCGGUGGCAGCUAGUACUCCGGGGACGACGAACGCCGAAGCCUGCCCGAGCAAGGAGGAGGAGCAGCCUCGGCUGAUUCCGUGACAUAAUGGUUGCUGAUGGUUGCUCGUUGUAGCCUACUACUUCUCAUUUAGCUUAUUUACGUAAUUUCAAUUCCCAUUUUGCAUUGAUUAGAGAUCUCCCACGUUGCUUGCCACUUUGAUUGGCUGACAAUAACAAACCCAUGUAGGCUACACUGUGUUUUUAUGGGGUGCAUGUUAUAAAAACUAAAUUCAAAAGUUUGUUUUAUUGAAUUAAGAAUUUAAAAUGUCAUGGUAUAUCCUUGUGUGUAGCAAUGUCACAUAUAUACUUUAAUUUAAUUUAGACAAAGCCUUUUAAUUGUUAAAAUAGGCCUAUUAUUUAUUUUUAUGUUUAUGAAUACUCUCGCAAGUAUUCGAAUAUUCAUGGCCAUCCCCAUAUCAAAAAUAAUAUUGUCACUUAGCAAUUGACUCAGUGGGGUUUAAGCGCUUCUGGUUCUAUUUUCACCUGGUUACACAUGUUGUGUUAACUCCCUCAUCCGAGAAUUGGGUCACCAAUCGGUCCCAAAGGUCUCUAGUAUUAUGGUGAUGGUGACUCUAAUUUUGCAUAUUUUUCUGCUGUUUAUGUGUGUGUAUAACAUGAUAAUUGGCUAAGGUGGUGAAUCCUUCUCCCUCCUGUCUCCUGAUUCUGCCGCUUCGACCCAACUCUCCUCCCUUUCCCGCAUCCUAUGACUCACACUGUCCCCUUUCCUCCCGGGCCGCUCGGCCCUCCCCUCCUGCUCCGUGGCUGAGUGACUCAUUGCGAGCUUAAAUAAAAUUCUGGAGGACAUAUCAUCCUUUCACUCCCUCCUCUCUACCUUCUCUUCCUCUGUAUCCGCCGCUAAAGCUUUCUACCACUCAAAAUGUCAAGCUUCUGCUGCUAACCCUAGGAAACUAUUUUCCACCUUCUCCUCCCUCCUUAAUCCUCCAUCCCCUCCCCCUCCCUCCUCCCUCACUGCGGACAACUUUGUCAACCACUUUGAAAAGAAGGUUGACGACAUCCACUACUUAUUCACUCAGCCUAUUAAGUCCACUGGUCUCACUCACACAUAACUACCCUACGCCUUGAUCUCUUUCUCCCCCCUCUCUCUCUCUCUCUCCAGUCUGACCGCCCGACAACCUGCCCGCUCAUCCCCAUCCCCUCCUCCCUUCUCCAGACCAUCUCUGGAGACCUUCUCCCAUUCCUCACUUCCCUCAUCAACUCAUCCCUGAUGACUUCAAAAUGGCCCGAGUUGCUCCCCUCCUCAAGAAACCAACACUCGACUCAUCUGAGGUCAAAAACUAUAGACCACUAUAGUAUCACUUCUUUCCAAAACACUUGAGCGUGCUGUCUCUGAUCUUUCUCGUUAUCGCUCUCUCAGAACGAUCUUCUUGACCCUAACCAGUCAGGCUUCAAGACGAGUCACUCAACCGAGACUGCUCUUCUCUGUGUCACGGAGGAUCUCCACACUGCCAAAGUUGAGACACUACUCUGUUGUCAUCCUCCUAGAUCUAUCCGCUGCCUUUGACACCGUGAACCAUCAGAUCCUCCUCUCCCCCCUCUCAGGGCUGGGCGUCUCAGGCUCUGCACACUCUUGGAUUGCAUCCUACCUGGCAGGCGGCUCCUACCACGUGACGUGGUCAGGAUCUGUGUUUGCACCACGUACUCUCACUACUGGUGUCCCCCAGGGCUCGGUUCUAGGCCCUCUUCUCUCUAUACACCAAGUCACUCUGCUCUGUCAUAUCCUCACAUGGUCUCUCAUAUCAUUGCUAUGCGGAUGACACUCAACUAAUAUUCUCCUUCUCCCCUUCUGACACCCAGGUGGCGACACGCAUCUCUGCGUGCCUGGCAGAUAUCUCAACUUGGAUGUCGGCCCAUUACCUCGACAAGACCGAGAUGCUCUUCCUCCCGGUCAAAGACCUCUCCAUCACGGUUGACAACUCCACAGUGUCGCCCUCCCACAGCGCAAAGAACCUUGGCGUGACCCUGGACAACACCCUGUCGUUCUCUGCAAACAUUAAAGCAGUGACUCGCUCCUGCAAGUUCAUGCUCUACAACAUCCGUAGUGUACGAUCCUACCUCACAUGGGAAGCGGCUCAGGUCCUAAUCAUGUCACUUGACCUCUCCUGUCUGGACUACUGCAACUCGCUGUUGGCUGGGCUCCCCGCUUGUGCCAUCAAACCCCUGCAACUUAUCCAGAACUCUGCAGCCGCCUGGUUUUCAACCUUCCCAAGUUGUCUCAUGUCACCCCGCUCCUCCGCACACUCCACUGGCUUCCAGUGGUUAGCUCGUAUCCACUACAAGACCAUGGCGCUUACCUACGGAACAGCAAGAGGAACUGCCCCUCCCUACCUUCAGGAUAUGCUCAAACCCUACACCCCAACCCAAGCACUCCGUUCUGCCACCUCAGGUCUCUUGGCCCACCCUACGGGAGGGCAGCUCUCGCUCAGCCCUGUCUAAGUUAUUCUCUGUCCUGGCACCCCAAUUGUGGAACCAGCUUCCCCCUGAAGCUAGGACAGCAGAGUCCCUGCCCAUCUUCCGAAAACAUCUGAAAUCCUACUUCUUCAAACAGUAUCUUAAAUAAACCUCCUCCUCACUUUGCCCCCCCCCCCCCCCCCCCCCCCCCCGCCUUUCUAGCUCUGACUCUACUGAUGGCUACUUUGAGAAAAACUUUACUUUCUAUGCCAGUGAUAUGUGGUUCUUCCACCUAGCUAUCUUAAGAUGAAUGCACUAACUGUAAGUCGCUCAGGAUAAGAGCGUCUGAUAAAUGACUACAAUGUCAAAUGUAGCUGUGUAACUUUGGUGUAAUAAUUAAUUAUUGCUUUAAUACCUUAGUUUUGUGUCGUGAUAACCCAGGUUGGAGGUGUAAUCUAAUUUAGGUUAUUUAAUUGUGGUGUAAUCUAGGUUAUACAUAUAAUCAAACAUUCUGGGGUGUAAUAUGUGAAUUACAGGGUGUAAUUUGUCCUCUAUACUCCACAGGAGACUAUAGACCUCAGGCGGCAGAUGGCAGUGGGCAACCAGAUCUUGGAUCCAAGAAGAGGGAAGUUAAACAAAAGAAUAGUGGACAUCAGAGAGCUGAACGAGCAGGCCAAAGUCAUUGAUGACCUCAAGUAAGAGUUCUCGUCAAACACCAAAACCAAGGAUCAAUCCUUGAAGUCAGAUCACUCUUAUUUUUUUUUUUUUUUAAGUCAUUUAGCAGACGCUCUUAUCCAGAGCGACUUACAGGAGCAAUUAGGGUUAAGUGCCUUGCUCAAGGGCACAUCGACAGAUUUUUCACCUAGUCGGCUCGGGGAUUAGAACCAGCGACCUUUCGGUUACUGGCACAACGCUCUUACCCACUAAGCUACCUGCCCCCACUCAUCUCCAGUUCAUGUAAUGUAUACUGUAUGUUCUCCUUUCACAGGAAAUUGGGAGCGAGUGAGGGCACAAUCAACCAGGAGAUCCAGCGCUACCAGCAGCUAGAGUCUGUGGCCGUCAACGACAUUAGGAGAGACGUCCGCAAGAAACUACGCCGCUCCAGCAUGAGGGUGAGACCACUACGCAUUUACUACCACCCUUUUGCUGGGCUUAAUACUUCUGGACUGUUAGUGUCUUUAUUUGAAAACCAUUUGUAAAUCCUGCAACUUACAACUCCAUUCAUCUGAAUUGAAAUGGAAAGGACACCAGCACUGAUAAACCCUGAUCACUUGUUUGUAUGCUUCUCCACCAGGCUGCAUCUCUAAAGGACAAGUGGGGUCUGGGGUACAAACCCAGCUAUAAUCGCUCCAAGAGCAUCUCUACAGCAGCAGGGAGGCCUCCACUUAAAAGGAUGGAACGCCAAAGGUACUGUAAGAUAAUUCCUUGUCCGCAGCUGAAACCAAGCAGGCUAGGGGUAAAUUCUGUAUCAAUUCAGUAAAAUCAGGAUUGGGAAUUGAAUUUAAAUAAUUUUUCCUAAUUUCCCGCUCAGUUCCAGAAUAGGAGACGUAGAUGACUUGCCGGACAUCAGAGUAGACGCAUCCUCCCCUGGACCAAGAGUUACCUUCAACAUCCAGGACACGGUAAUGUAUAGAAGGACGACAAUAAUCCUCAUGGUAGUUAAUAACAAUUGGAUUCUCCAAGAUGGCAGUUGCACAGCGUUUUAUUGAGUUAGGGCAUCAUUUCAUCCUCCAUGUCCUUGUUUAUCACUAUGACAGGCCUCUUGACCUGAGGCUGUGUGUGUCUAAACAUUGUAGAAUCGCUCUGAUAUGUCAGCGGCAGCUAAGUGUUAGCUUUUCAGCUUACUUGUAGCUUGAGGGAGAGUUAAAGGAAUAAUCCACUCAAAAACUAUAUUUUAGUAUUUUUCUUAAUUAGUCCACUGUUGAUACAGUCCCAAAAUGUUUUGCAUGUGAGCAAUCAGGUUUUCAAGAUGUAGGACUUUCAAAAAGUAAAUUGUAACUUGCCACAUCACCAUGAUGACGCAAAAUGCAUCAUAUGAUGCGGCAAAUUACAAGAGUUUUGGAGUGGAUUAUUCCUUGAAGUGUGCCUUUUGAGUGCAAAAUCCCCACUUGAACAUGUUGCCAUGCUUUCAUUUUUGGGAUGGAAUCCAUUGUUCUCUUUCUGUUCAACUGAAGAUUAAUAAUCAGGACUCUACAAACCGACCAGUCAGUCCAGGAGAGGUCUUCAAGGUAUUUGUAAUACAAUAAAAAACAAUCCCAAACAAAUGAAAAUCAAAAAUAACCUUCUUCCACUUCUUCCUCUAAUAAUAACUGAUUUGUUUGAAAACAUGGAAAUUCAAAACAGGAUGGUGAGAUAUAGGCUAGUAGUAUCAAUCAAUGCUUGAUUCUCAUGUAUGUUGGUUUGAUGCAUGCCUUACCAUCUUUAGUAGCAAGAGAUCAGCAAGUCAAGUGCACUCUAGCUAAUAUUUUUUACUCACAAUACAACUCAAAUGGCAAUAUGGUUAGUAGGGACUAAUAUGCUCGUAAUAACAAGGCUUUCUACCAGCCAUUGCUUCUGGUUAUGUGUUACAAAGAAAACUGUAAUUAUUCACCACAUGGCUACGUCAUCGGCGAUAUUGCGGCUUUGUAGAUAUGGAUAGACUUAUGCAUGUAGGCCUGCAUAGUGUGCUAUACAUGUAUAUACUAAAUGUUUAAGAUUAUAUUUCAAUGUGCCAUUGAUUCACACAUUCCCAUCCUGUUAUGGAAUUCCAUGUCGCUCCAAAUCAACUUCUUUCAACCACAGAUCAAUUUUUCUAACUGCAGCAGCUAUGCAUGGCCAACCGUAGUAGCUAGGAUUUAAAACUUUUAGGUUGUAUAGAGCCUCUGAGCCUAAAACUCUAAACCCUUAGCUUGGCCAACCUCAGAAUAAUUGUGCCUCAAAGCCAUGACUAGAGGAAACAUUGAGGUUUCUUCCUUUACUUUUUGAAAAUGUGUACUUUAUGCAAACUGCUCUUAGUUGGUGAUUGUUUAUGGCUAUACUGUCCUUUGUGAGGGGUUGCAAUGUUUAUCACUGUCCUGAGAGAAGACGUUGUCCUGCAGCUUCUUUCUGCCCAGGUGUCUUCAUCCUUAUCUUCAUCCUCUUCAUCUCUCACUCCAUAUCGCUUUCCUCUGUCUUCUCCCAGAGCACUGCCUGUGGGAGGAAAAUAAACUUCAAGCACAUAGCAGUCUGUAUUACUGGACAUUGUAGCCUCUAGUUAUGUACAUUACAUCUAGCAAUAGCCAUGAUAUUGGCCAUGUUUCAAAAAUGUUUUUAAAGAUGCCAAGCUAACCAACCAUGAUAAAUGUAUUACUACACGAACAUAGUUACUUUGAGCAGGAUGCUAUCUGCUACAGCUUUAUGAGCGCUUUCAAUAUGUUGACCUUUUCUAAUUAAAAGAGUCUAGCUGUCCCCCUCUCAACCCUUCCCAUAUGUUCUCUGCUGAAGUUUCCGGAGGAGACAGAAAUGGACCUGUUAUCCAUCACCAUUGAUGAGCCACUCCAUCCUCAUCUUCAUCACCUUCAUCAUUGCCCAUCCGUUAGCGAAGGACCCCACUCAGUGUUCAGUGCCCCUGCAACCCCCGCCGUCUUCUCACCUGGCAUUCCCUUCCAGCACGACGACAUGCGGCGCGACGAGCUCUCCUCCUCUUCCUCAGAGGACUCCGACAAGGAGGAAGAGUUUGACCGCGAGAGGUCGUCCGGCUACUUCAGGAGGACUGUGUGAGUUAUCCCCCCUCCCCUUUCCACCUCUCUCUCGUCCUUGUUUAUAUUUGUUGGGCCGGUUUCCAGAACCAUAUUAAACCUACUACUAGACUAAAAAGCAUGCAAUUUCAUUUAAAAAAACAUUUUCUCCUAUUUUCCUGCCUAGUAAACAUGACCCCCGUUUGUUCUGCUAUCGUAGCCAACCGCCACACAGAAAACCAUCGGGCUUUGCCGCUGUCAGCCAGCUGUUCAGUGAGCGCUGGCCCAGCACACCCACCAACCGCAGCCUCAUGAGCUCAGUCACCGAGAGGAACAUCGACUUUGAGCUGGACGUGCGUGUGGAGAUCGACAGUGGCAAGUGUGUCCUGCACCCCACCACCCAGCAGCCCGAGCACGAGGAUGUCUCCUUCAGAAGGUACGGCACUUGAACCCUAGGGAUCUUCUAACUAUUUAAUAACUUAUGCUUUAUUAUAAUCUAGACAAGUCAUAAAGUAUUAUACCUACAGGCUUUAAAUUAAUCCCCUAGAGUCGAUGUCCGCGCCCCGCAGACAUCUAAUUAGCAUAAUAAUAAAACAUCUCCAUCAAAAUACGUCAGUUUAAACUAGAGAUAUGCAUAGGCUGCGUCUCAAUCCACCGCAUCCGUCAAUGGCAGCCUUCCGCAUCUGCGGUGGAAGGUGUCUCAUGGUUUGUCAGACCAUGAGACAUCCCGAAAAUCGGUCUUCUCACGAAAACAUCUGUAGCGUCCGAACUGUUUGGCCAAAAAAACGAAUAUGACCAAUCUAUGGAAAGAUGAGACUCUCACGAACACAAUGAUAUUCUCUAUGAUGCCCCCCUUUGCCCUCAGAACAGUCUCAAUUCGUCGGGGCAUGGACUCUACAAAGUGUCGAAAGCGUUCCGCAGGGAUGCUUGCCCAUGUUGACUCCAAUGCUUCCCACAGUUGUGUCAAGUUGGCUGGAUGUUCUUUGGGUGGUGGACCAUUCUUGAUACACACGGGAAACUGUUGAGCGUGAAAAACCCAGCAGUGUUGCUGUUCUUUAAAAAAAAAAAAUAUAUAUAUAUAUAUAUAUAUAUAUAUAUAUAUAUAUAUAUAUAUAUACACUACCGUUCAAAAGUUUGGGGUCACUAAGAAAUGUCCUUGUUUUCCAUGAAAACAUACAUGAAAUUAGUUAGAAUAGGAAAUAUAGCAAAAUGCAUAGGAAAUGUAGUCAUUGACAAAGUUAGAAAUAAUGAUUUUUAAUUGAAAUAGUAAUUGUGUCCUUCAAACUUUGCUUUCAUCAAAGAAUCCUCCAUUUGCAGCAAUUACAGCCUUGCAGACCUUUGGCAUUCUAGUUGUCAAUUUGUUGAGGUAAUCUGAAGAGAUUUCACCCCAUGCUUCCUGAAGCACUUCCCACAAGUUGGAUUGGCUUGAUGGGCACUUCUUACGUACCAUACGGUCAAGCUGCUCCCACAACAGCUCAAUAGGGUUGAGAUCCGGUGACUGUGCUGGCCACUCCAUUAUAGACAGAAUACCAGCUGACUGCUUCUUCCCUAAAUAGUUAUUGCAUAGUUUGGAGCUGUGCUUUGGGUCAUUGUCCUGUUGUAGGAGGAAAUUGACUCCAAACAAGCGCCCUCCACAGGGUAUGGCAUGGCGUUGCAAAAUGGAGUGAUAGCCUUCCUUCUUCAAGAUCCCUUUUACCCUGUACAAAUCUCACACUUUACCACCACCAAAGCACCCCCAGACCAUCACAUUGCCUCCACCAUGCUUGACAGAUGGCAUCAAGCACUCCUCCAGCAUCUUUUCAUUUGGUCUGCGUCUCACAAAUGUUCUUCUUUGUGAUCCGAACACCUCAAACUUCGAUUCAUCUGUCCAUAACACUUUUUUCCAAUCUUCCUCUGUCCAGUGUCUGUGUUCUUUUGCCCAUCUUAAUCUACUUUUUUUAUUGGCCAGUCUGAGAUAUGGCUUCUUCUUUGCAACUCUGCCUAAAAGGUCAGCAUCCCGGAGUUGCCUCUUCACUAUUUUGCGGGUACUAUUUAAUGACGCUGCCAGUUGAGGACCUGUGAGGCGUCUGUUUUUCAAACUAGACACACUAAUGUAUUUGUCCUCUUGCUCAGUUGUGCACCGGGGUCUCCCACUCCUCUUUCUAUUCUGGUUAGAGCCAGUUUGCGCUGUUCUGGGAAGGGAGUAGUACACAGCGUUGUACGAGAUCUUCAAUUUCUUGCAUGGAAUAGCCUUCAUUUCUCAGAACAAGAAUAGACUGACGAGUUUCAGAAGAAAGUUAUUUGUUUCUGGCCAUUUUGAGCCUGUAAUCGAACCCACAAUUUCUGAUGCUCCAGAUACUCAACUAGUCUCAAGAAGGCCAGUUGUAUUGCUUCUUUAAUCAGCACAACAGUUUUCAGCUGUGCUAACAUAAUUGCUAAAUGGUUUUCUAAUAGUCAAUUAGCCUUUUAAAAUGAUAAACUUGGAUUAGCAAACACAACGUGCCAUUGGAACACAGGACUGAUGGUUGCUGAUAAUGGGCCUCUGUACGCCUGUGUAGAUAUUCCAUAAAAAAUCAGCCGUUUCCAGCUACAAUAGCCAUUUACAACAUUAACAAUGUCUACACUGUAUUUCUGAUCAAUUUGAUGUUAUUUUAAUGGACAAAAAUAAUUGUUUUUCUUUCGAAAACAAGGACAUUUCUUAGUGACCCCAAACUUCUGAACGGUAGUAUAUAUGUGUACAAAACUAUUACAAUCAUUUUGUGAUCUUUCUGAUAUCUCUCAGAUAUAGGACAGACACUUUAAAACAAACUUCCCUUUGAUUUAUUUUUUUCCAUGUAUGAAUCUGUUAUUCAAUGCGUUUCUAUGGGCUAAUAGCAGUAAGGCCAAAUUCAAUGUUUAAUCAAAUAUUGUUUUUAUAUUUUUUUUUAUUCCUAAAGGGGUCAUAAAAUUCCAAAUCAAAUAGCUAAAUGAUCCUUGGUAUGACCAUCUUAAAAUAAUUCCAUAUGUUAGCUUAGUACCCCUCUCCCGGCUUAGACUCUUAAGGAUGAAGUGUUACCAAAGUUUCUAGAAAGCUAUUUAACCUCCCGUACUGUAGGAGUUGUGACCGCAGCUCCAGGAGUCUGGACCAGGAGUCUCCACCCAAGAAGAAGAAGCUCCAGCCCACUUACACCUCAACCACCCACCUCCUGGCCGGGAAGAAGGUCCCUUCCUCUCUGCAGACCAAAUCCAGUGACCUGGAGACCACGGUCUUUUACAUUCCGGGAGUGGAUGUCAAGGUCAGUUCAUUUGCUUUCACGCCAUUACUGUUAUAUUAUGGUAUAAAUAGUGUUUAAACGAUGACCCAUCAAUAUGAUGCAUUAAAUGGUAGGAACUAUAUUGCCAUUGAUAACCUUAGAGUUAAACUAUUCUGCUGCGCCAUAACCAAUCAAAGCUGAUUAGGCCAUAUAUGGAUCUGUGCCAUUCACUUUGAACUGGACUGUUUUUACAGCAUGAGCGGUCGUGAGUAGAUGCGCUUGUUUUGAGAUCAAAGCGAGAGGUACAUGUAGCGACGUGCACAUUUGUACAUUUGUUCAUAUCCUUUUCUAAUUAGUGAGUUAUUAGCCCAGUUAUAGAUAAUUUGUAGUCAGCAAUGGGGGAGUGAUUGCUUCCUACAAGAGCACAAAACGUGCAUUUCUAGACAUCUUUGAAAAGCGAGUCAGGAAAAUAGCUUCUUUUUUUUUUCUUAAAGGGGCAUUGUUAUAUUUUGAGACAGGCUUGAAUAAGCUAAGUAGCCAAUAGGCACAGGGUAGCAUAAUUUGUCUGAUUCUCUGUAAUGGGAAUAAUGAUGCAUUUUAUUUUGUAAAGUGGUUUCUUGCCUCAAACAACACAACAACAUUUUCAGUCACAUCCUUGUCUGAAGGACAAGUGGAUAAACAGUUUAAUGUCAAGCCCUGCAUGUUUUUUUCCAAAAGUCUCAUGGAAUGUAGGCCUACCUUGAACACCACACAUUGGCUGCUACUGUAGGCUAAACGAUAGAACAGCUAUUUCCAUGUUAAAACGUUAUGGGAUGCAUUUUCUCCAUUGUUUUUUAUGGUAGGCCACUCUGGUAGGCCUACAUUAUGAUCAAAUAGCCACAGUAGCCUACUUGACCACUGUUAAAACUAAAGUGGGUACAGCCUCAGUGUUCACAGUAAACGCGUGCCGGAAGUUGUGGUCCUCUGUAGCUCAAUUGGUAGAGCAUGGCGCUUGUAACGCCAGGGUAGUGGGUUCGAUCCCCGGGACCACCCAUACGUAAAAAUGUAUGCACACAUGACUGUAAGUCGCUUUGGAUGAAAGCGUCUGCUAAAUGGCAUAUUAUAUUAUUAUUAUUAAGUUGCACAGAAUUUUCCGAAUGUUCAAGUUUGCACUCAGCAGACCUGAAAUUUGCUCAGUGAUGAAAAUAUGUGAUGGAACAUUGCAUACAGUGGGGAGAACAAGUAUUUGAUACACUGCCGAUUUUGCAGGUUUUCCUACUUACAAAGCAUGUAGAGGUCUGUAAUUUUUAUCAUAGGUACACUUUAACUGUGAGAGACGGAAUCUAAAACAAAAAUCCAGAAAAUCACAUUGUAUGAUUUUUAAGUAAUUAAUUUGCAUUUUAUUGCAUGACAUAAGUAUUUGAUCACCUACCAACCAGUAAGAAUUCCGGCUCUCACAGACCUGUUAGUUUUUCUUUAAGAAGCACUCCUGUUCUCCACUCAUUACCAGUAUUAACUGCACCUGUUUGAACUCGUUACCUGUAUAAAAGACACCUGUCCACACACUCAAUCAAACCGACUCCAACCUCUCCACAAUGGCCAAGACCAGAGAGUUGUGUAAGGACAUCAGGGAUACAAUUGUAGACCUGCACAAGGCUGGGAUGGGUUACAGGACAAUAGGCAAGCAGCUUGGUGAGAAGGCAACAACUGUUGGCGCAAUUAUUAGAAAAUGGAAGAAGUUCAAGAUGACGGUCAAUCACCCUCGGUCUGGGGCUCCAUGCAAGAUCUCACCUCGUGGGGCAUCAAUGAUCAUGAGGAAGGUGAGGGAUCAGCCCAGAACUACACGGCAGGACCUGGUCAAAGACCUGAAGAGAGCUGGGACCACAGUCUCAAAGAAAACCAUUAGUAACACACUACGCCGUCAUGGAUUAAAAUCCUGCAGCGCACGCAAGGUCCCCCUGCUCAAGCCAGCGCAUGUCCAGGCCCGUCUGAAGUUUGCCAAUGACCAUCUGGAUGAUCCAGAGGAGGAAUGGGAGAAGGUCAUGUGGUCUGAUGAGACAAAAAUAGAGCUUUUUGGUCUAAACCACUCGCUGUGUUUGGAGGAAGAAGAAGGAUGAGUACAACCCCAAGAACACCAUCCCAACCGUGAAGCAUGGAGGUGGAAACAUCAUUCUUUGGGGAAGCUUUUCUGCAAAGGGUACAGGACGACUGCACCGUAUUGAGGGGAGGAUGGAUGGGGCCAUGUAUCGCGAGAUCUUGGCCAACAACCUCCUUCCCUCAGUAAGAGCAUUGAAGAUGGGUCAUGGCUGGGUCUUCCAGCAUGACAAUGACCCGAAACACACAGCCAGGGCAACUAAGGAGUGGCUCCGUAAGAAGCAUCUCAAGGUCCUGGAGUGGCCUAGCCAGUCUCCAGACCUGAACCCAAUAGAAAAUCUUUGGAGGGAGCUGAAAGUCCGUAUUGCCCAGCAACAGCCCCGAAACCUGAAGGAUCUGGAGAAGGUCUGUAUGGAGGAGUGGGCCAAAAUCCCUGCUGCAGUGUGUGCAAACCUGGUCAAGACCUACAGGAAACGUAUGAUCUCUGUAAUUGCAAACAAAGGUUUCUGUACCAAAUAUUAAGUUCUGCUUUUCAUGCAAUAAAAUGCAAAUUAAUUACUUAAAAAUCAUACAAUGUGAUUUUCUGGAUUUUUGUUUUAGAUUCCGUCUCUCACAGUUGAAAUGUACCUAUGAUAAAAAUGACAGACCUCUACAUGCUUUGUAAGUAGGAAAACUUGCAAAAUCGGCAGUGUAUCAAAUACUUGUUCUCCCCACUGUUCAUUGCAGUACAGGAGCAUCAUGGCUAAAACUAACAUUCUAGCCAAUGGCUUCUGCCCCCAGACCAUCAGGCUGCUGAAUAGCCACCACUAGUCAGCUACCUGCUCUCACUUUGGACAUUUGUCAUGCUGAAUAGUGACAACUACUCCAGGAAAACAUUCCCCCACUAUUACACCACUGCCAUCAGUCUGUACCGUUGACACCAGGCAGGUAGGGCCAUGGACUCAUGCUGCUUACACCAAAUCCUGACUCUGCCAUCAGCAUGACGCAACAGGAACCGGGAUUCAUCGGACCAGGCAAUGUUUUUCCACUCCUCAAUUGUCCAUUGUUGGUGAUUGCGUGCCCACUUGAGCAACCCGCUUCUUCUUGUUUUUAGCUUAUAGGAGUGGAACCUGUUGUAGAAAAUUACCAAACAAACAAAGUACUUCCAGAGUUUUUGUAGAAUCAAGAUAUACUUUAUUUCACAAGCAAUAGAGCCGAGCUGGUCUGCAGAGCAACUGCCGUCCCAGACUUGGAGUUCUCUUUUUAUACAGCUUCAUCUUUUCAUAUCAUAUCUGAGCCACUAUGGUUUCUUUGUCUAGCUUCUUUCCUGUCUAUCCCCAUGUCUGCUUGGUCUCCUUUUCAUAUCAUAUCGGAACCCCCUCUUUAUCCAAACAGCCACCCUCCCUUGACCUGGAGCCACUAUGGUUUCUUCUUGUGGCCAUGUGUAUCGGGUCAUAGCGCACAAACAAGUGAUAACUUUAGUUCUGUUAUCUCCACACAGCUGAUAUCUCCACACAGCUGCGCCCUUGGAAGAUAUUAAAAGACAGGAUGAACUGUAAAACUGUGGUCAUUCUGAGGCUCUUUGUCUAGGAUGAACUGAAAAAAACUGUGGUCAUUCUGAGGCUCUUUGUCUUGACCGUGUGACCAGGUUACUCAGAAGCAACGAGAAAUAACAAGAAAUUGAAACAAUACAGGUCUAUCUGUUCCUGAAGUUUAUCUCCAUCCCAUGUCCUUGACUACACACCCAGACAAGCUGCAGGGAGCUAGAGGGAUCCUUUCUCAGAAGCACAGCAUUUGCACUAAAGAAAUGGCUCUACUAUUGUUAAGCAUAUUAUAAUAUAUGUAAUGGAAAAUAACCUAUAGAGCCAUUUCAUCAUGGCUCUGUUUUAACCCUUUAAUUGGUUCUUAAUCCAUCGGCAUAUAGGGCAUAUAGGCGUUUAAUUCUACAACAUGCAUAAUUCAUAUAAUUGGUUUGUUAUGUUGUGUGCCCUUAAGUGAGACAGAGUAAAAAUAUCCUAUAAACCCAGUGUGGUCGUCUGCUGCAAUAGCCCAUCCGUGACAUAGAUCUACAAGUUGUGCGUUCCAAGAUGCUGUUAUGCACACCACUGUUGUACUGCGCCAAUAUUUGCCAGUUUGUGGCCCGCCUGUAAGCUUGCACAAUUCUGGCCAUUCUCCUUCAACCUCUCAUCAAUUAGCUGUUUUCACCCACAGGACUGCUGCUGACUGAAUGUUUUUUAUUUGUUGAACCAUUCUCGGUAAACCCUAGACACUGUCGUGUGUGAAAAGCACACACACACACACAAACACACACAAGAGAAGUCAGCUCAGACAGUUUCAGCUCAUGAACUCCAUCAGCAGCAGAUUUUUAAUUUAGAAUGAAAAAUGAAUGUUUAUGUAACAAAUGUUCAAAUCAAAUCAAAUUGUAUUGGUCACAUACACGUGUUUAGCAGAUGUUAUUGCAGGUGUAGAGAAAUGCUUGAGCUUCUAGCUCCGACAGUGCAGUAAUAUCUAACAAGUAAUAUCUAACAAUUUCACAACAUAUACCCAAUACAGACAAAUCUAAGUAAGGAAUGAAUUAUGAAUAUAUACAUAUAUGGACAUGCAAUGUCAGAGCGGCAUGGACUAAGAUACAUUAGAAUAGUAUAGAAUACAGUAUAUACAAAUGAGAUGAGUAAUGCAGAUAUGUAAACAUUAUUCAAGUGGCUAGUGUUCCAUUUCUUAAAGUGGCCAGUGAUUUCUAGUCUAUGUCUAUAGGCAGCAGCCUCUAAUGUGCUAGUGAUGGCUGUUUAACAGUCUGAUGGCCUUGAGAUAGAAGCUGUUUUUCAGUCUCUUGGUCCCAGCUUUGAUGCACCUCUACUGACCUCGCCUUCUGGAUGAUAGCGGGGUGAACAGGCAGUGGCUCAGGUGGUUGAUGUCCUUGAUUAUCUUUUUGGCCUUCCUGUGACAUCGGGUGCUGUAGGUGUUCUGGAGGGCAGACUGCACCACCCUCUUGAGAGCCUUGUGGUUUCGGGCAGUGCAGUUGCCGUACCAGGCGGUGAUACAGCCCGACAGGAUGCUCUCAAUUGUGCAUCUGUAAAAGUUUGUGAGGGUUUUAGGUGCCAAGCCACAUUUCUUUAGCCUCCUGAGGUGGAAGAGGCUCUGUUGUGCCUUCUUCACCACACUGUCUGUGUGGGUGGUCCUUUUCAGUUUGUCAGUGAUGUGUACGCCAAGGAACUUGAAGCUUUCCACCUUCUCCACUGCGGUCCUGUCGAUGUGGAUAGAGGGGUGCACCCUCUGCUGUUUCCUGAAGUCCACGAUCAUCUCCUUUGUUUUGUUGACGUUGAGUAAGAGGUUAUUUUCCUGGCACCACACUCCCAGAGCCCUCACCUCCUCCCUGUAGGCGGUCUCGUCAUUGUUGGUAAUCAAGCCUACUACUGUUGUGUCGUCUGCAAUCUUGAUGAUUGAGUUGGAGGCGUGCUUGGCCAUGCAGUCAUGGGUGAACAGGGAGUACAGGAGUGGGCUGAGCACGCACCCUUGUGUGGCCCCAGUGUUGAGGAUAAGCGAAGUGGAGGUGUUGUUUCCUACCUUCACCACCUGGGAGCGGCCCGUCAGGAAGUCCAGGACCCAAUUGCACAGGGCGGGUUCAGACCCAGGGUCUCGAGCUUAAUGAUGAGCCUGGGGUGUACUAUGGUGUUGAAUGCUGAGCUAUAGUCAAUGAACAGCAUUCUUACAUAGGUAUUCUUCUUGUCCAGAUGGGAUAGGGCAGUGUGCAGAGUUAUGGCGAUCAUCUGUGGAUCUAUUGGGGCGGUAAGCAAAUUGAAGUGGGUCUAAGGUGGCAGGGUAAGGAAGAAGUGAUAUGAUCCUUGACUAGUCUCUCAAAGCACUUCUUGAUGACAGAGGUGAGUGCUACGGGCGAUAGUCGUUUACUUCAGUUACCUUUGCUUUCUUGGGUAAAAGAACAAUGGUGGCCAUCAUCAAGCAUGUGGGACAGCAGACUGGGAUAGGGAGAGAUUGAAUAUGUCCCUAAACACACCAGCCAGGUCUGCGCAUGCUCUGAGGACGCAGCUAGGGAUGCCGUCUGGGCCGGCAGCCUUGCGAGGGUUAACACAUUUAAAUGUUUUUCUCACGUCGGCCACAGAGAUGGAGAGCACACAGUCCUUGGUAGUGGGCUGCGUCUGUGGCACUGUGUUAUCCUCAAAGUGGGCGAAGGUGUUUAGCUUGUCUGGAAGCAAGACGUCAGUCUCGGCGACGUGGCUGGUUUUCCUUUUGUAGUCCGUGGUUGUCUGUAGACCCUGCCACAUACGUCUCGUGUCUGAGCCGUUGAAUUGCGACUCCAUUUUGUCUCUAUACUGAUGUUUUGCUUGUUUGAUUGCCUUGCGGAGUAAAUAACUACACUGUUUGUAUUCUGCCAUAUUCCUAGUCACUUUGCCAUGGUUAAAUGCGGUGGUUCGCGCGAAUGCUGCCAUCUAUCCACAGUUUCUGGUUAGGGUAGGUUUUAAUAGUCACAGUGGAUAUGACAUCUCCUAUACACUUCCUGAUAUACUCAGUUACCGUAUCGGUGUAUUCGCCUAAAUUAUUUUUGCAAGCUACAUAUCCGAGUCCGCGUGAUCUAAACAAUCCUGAAGCGUGGAUUCCGAUUGGUCAGACCAGCGUUGAAUAGUCCUUAGCACAGGUACUUCCUGUUUUGAGUUUCUGCCUAUAGGAAGGGAGAAGCAAAAUGGAGUCGUGGUCAGAUUUUCCGAAAGGAGGGUGGGGGAGGGCCUUGUAAGCAUCACGGAAGUUUGAAUAACAGUGGUCCAGAGUUUUAGCAGCGCAAGUACUACAGUCGAUAUGUUGAUAGGUCUCUAGACCUUAGUGCAUCGAAUCACAUUGAACCGAAUCGCACCGAUUCGUUCCUAUAAUCAGACCGCAUCGAACCGUUUCAAACUAAAACAUAUCGUUCCUGUAUCGUAUCAGAGGCCAUGUAUUGUCUUGAAAGGGAAUGUUGCACAUCCCUAGUAACCAUUUUUUUAUUUCAUCCAACCCCAGUUGCACUACAACUCCAAGACCAUGAAGACUGAGUCACCCAAUGCCUCGCGAGGAUCCUCCCUCCCCCGCACCCUCUCCAAAGAGUCCAAGCUGUAUGGUAUGAAAGAUAGCGGCCCUCACAACCUUCCCAAUGCUGCCCCAAGCAAGACUAACUCGCUCAUACCUCCCCCACCUCUACCAUCAGGUACUGAGAGCUCACAUCAUUACUUGCAUGCCCUUUCGCCUUCUGUCUUGACAUACAGUUGAGCGUCACAUCUCCAUCGUGGCCAUAGACAUCCUCAAUCAACCCACCCAAUCAAUGUAAUGCAUGCUUGUGUAGUCGUGUCCAAGGUUUUGAUCUGUGAAUGUUGAAGACGCUUGUGAUUUCUGUGUUGGAAUGUUUUAAUAAUUUUGUUUCAGACACGUAGUGGGUGGAUAGAUAAAGGGGCUGUUUUAUUACACACUGUUGCAAAGUUAUUCUCCAGAUGAAAGAAAACAGAAAGGGUAGAACCAGAAAGUACUGUAAAUGAAAGAACAAGAUCCUAUUUCUUAUUUUUUUUCCUUUGGGGUGAUAAACGUUUGAUAAAUCUGUCCCAAUAUGUGUUUCAGUCCAUCACUAGUUAGGAAAUGGGUCACAGUAAACACAGCAUCCCAAUGUUCUAGGCUUAUUGUAAUGACCAAUGUUGGUGUAAGUAGUGAAGCUUUGUGUGACCCUGUCAAACUCAGAUCAUGUGUCACCUGCAGCCAAAGGCAAAGGCAGUGGUGGGGUGAAGACAGCCAAGCUGUACGCCUGGGUGGCCCUUCAGACCCUACCAGAGGAGAUGGUCAUCAGCCCUUGUCUUCUGGACUUCCUGGAGAAAGCCUUGGAGACCAUUCCCAUCACCACGGUGGAAAGGAACUAUACUGGUAUGUAGGGUCAUUUAAUUACAAAUCCAGCGCCUGUUGACCUCACCUCUUUGGAUUUUAUCCCAAAAAAUUAUCCGUAAAUGAUUGCCUGUGGGAAAGAGAUAGUUAGAAUGUGGUUGCUGGGCCUAAGUGACCAACAACGUGCUAGACCAUUGCUCAAAGCUGACCCCUUUUUGUCUAUGUGUGUCUCUCAGCUCUGAACUCCCAGGAGGACGACAUAGGCCAGUUUGAGCCAGUGGAGCCCCUGGAGGAGUCCACCACCUCCCUGGUUUCCUCCACCUCUGCCUACUCCUCCUUCCCUGUGGACGUGGUGGUCUACGUCAGAGUACAGGUAACCUACCUCAAAUUGCCCACCUUACCGUGGCUCCCAAAGCGAAGUUCAUGUCACUCUGUUCGCCAUUGUACAAUAAGAGAGUGUUUUAAAUUAGUAUGUUUUGCUGUCACAAUGUCCAGACCCUGAGACACCACACUCAAAUUAAUGAAGUUUUCUAAUUCUAUUCUAAUCUGACUCCAUGUCUCCAGCCCUCUCAGAUCCGCUUCAGCUGCUUGCCCAUGUCCAGAGUGGAGUGUAUGCUGAAACUGCCGUCUCUAGACCUGGUAUUCUCCUCUAAUCGCGGUGAACUAGAGAUCCCAUCCAGCACCCAACCUACUGACGGCCCACACCCACCCUCCUCCACCCCCCCGAGCCAACACAUCCUCAAACCGCCCCCUAUCAAAGGAGGUAUGGAUAGCAACACACCAAUGCACCUGUAAAGCAACCUAUAGAUGUGUGAGUGGCUGCAUUUCAGUCUAUCUAGUCCAUAAUAACACCUCUUUGAUCUAACCUCCAGGUCCCUCUCCAUCUCUGGGUAGCCCUCUGGGCCGGACCCGUCACAGCAGCAGCCAGUCAGACCUCACCACCCCCGCCAGCAACUCCUCAGGGCUCAGCUUCACCGCCUGCAUGUCAGACUUCUCCCUCUACGUGUUCCACCCCUACGGUGCAGGGAAACAGAAGUCUGCCGUCACAGGGCUGCCCCCAGGCCCAGGACCUCUAGGUAUGGAAAAGUGUGGUGAAAGUUUCUCAUCCUGAAAAUGUCUCAUGUAUAUUCUAAUAUUCUAUAGCCUAUUUUUAGUCCUGUGCAUUUUAAUUGCAGUGUAGUCUACCAACCAUGCUGUACAGCAUGCCUUAUAGUGAUACAGUGUACUUUCACAACAGGGUUGUUCAGUCUUCCAUCAGUUCAGUGUGUAGCAUUGUAACAGCGCUAUGAAGUCUCGUCUCAUAUCUGUUCUUUCCUUUAAGGUACAGUGGAUGAGGAGCCAUCCUCUGUGACUGGGAGGAAGGAUUCCCUCAGCAUCAACCUGGAGUUCGUCAAGGUCAGCCUGUCCAGAAUGAGACGCACCGGAGGACCCACCUUCAUCGAGAGCUUUGUACCUGGCAAGGGGGGCAAGAUGGACACCACCCUUAUCAAUAUCUCAGGUGCCCCAUUCGCUCUUGGAACAGGUUUAAUGGUUGGACACCGUCUAAUCUGAAAGCAGUCUUUGGUCUUCCAAAUGGGAAUGUUAUGUAUAGUCACCUCCCAAAUUAUUGGCACCCCUAAAAAAGAUGAGCGAAAAAAUACUGUAUUAAAUAGGUUAUAGGGGUGUAACGGUUCACCAAACUCACGGUUCGGUCGGUAUUGAGUUUUUGGAUCCACAGUUCGGUUUUGGUACAGCAGGGAAAUUAAAUGCCAACAGUUACUGUAGUUCAUUUUUGUUUUGGAAAAAUAUAUAAAACUAAACCAAAAUAUAUUAAACUGCAGUGUCUAUUAAUUGUCCAAACUCGUGGCCUCUUUCCCACUCUAUAUUGCUGUAGAAUUUUCACAAAUGCUUUACUCUACAUCAUUCCCUAACAGUCUAUGAAUGUAUAAAAAAGUGAAAAUGACCAUAUCUGUGCUAGCUUGUCAAAAAAAAAAGAAACGUCAUAUUCUUCAUGGGGGCAUAUAUGAACAUAUUUUAAUAAGAUUUCAUGUUGCUAAAACGCUGUCAGUUCCACUUUAAUUGAGAAUGUUUUUGUUGGGAAAGCCUUUCCAUCUACCGGAAGACGGUUGUCAUUAGCAUCAUCGCUAACGGCUACAUAGUGGCAGACAAACACGCACACAGACAGGGGCAUUCCCACUGUUGCCUCAUCCCUAUAUUGUUAUUUAUUUUGCUCAUUUGUACCCCAGUAUCUCUAUUUGCACAUCAUCUCUUGCACAUCUAUCAUUCCAGUGUUAAUACUAAUUGUAAUUAUUUUGCACUAUAGCCUAUUUAUUGCCUUACCUCCAUAACUUGCUACAUUUGCACACACUGUAUAUAUAUGUAUUUCUGUUGUAUUUUUGACUUUGUUUUGUUUUACCCCAUAUGUAACUCUGUGUUGUUGUUUUUAUCGCACUGCUUUGCUUUGUCUUGGCCAGGUCGCAGUUGUAAAUGAGAACUUGUUCUCAACUGGUUUACCUGGUUAAAUAAAGGUGAAAUAAAAAUAAAUUAAAAAUUAAAAAAACAGAUCACCGACCAUUUCGAAUCCCACCGUACCUUCUCCGCUAUGCAAUCUGGUUUCCGAGCUGGUCAUGGGUACACCUCAGCCACGCUCAAGGUCCUAAACGAUAUUAUAUCCGCGAUCGAUAAAAGACAGUACUGUGCAGCCUUCUUCAUCAACCUGGCCAAGGCUUUCGACUCCGUCAAUCACCACAUUCUUAUUGGCAGACUAAAUAGCCUUGGUUUCUCAAAUGACUGCCUCGCCUGGUUCACCAACUACUUCUCAGAUAGAGUUCAAUGUGUCAAAUCGGAGGGCCUGUUGUCUGGACCUCUGGCAGUCUCUAUGGGGGUGCCACAGGGUUCAAUUCUCGGGCCGACUAUUCUCUGUGUACAUCAAUGAUGUCGCUCUUGCUGCUGGUGACUCUCAGAUCCACCUCUACACAGACGACACCAUUUUGUAUACAUCUGGCCCUUCAUUGGACACUGUGUUAACAAACUUCCAAACGAGCUUCAAUGCCAUACAGCACUCCUUCCGUAGCCUCCAACUCCUCUUAAACGCUAGUAAAACUAAAUGCAUGCUCUUCAAUCGAACGCUGCUUGCACCCGCCCGCCCGACUAGAAUCACUACUCUCGGUGGGUCUGACUUAGAAUAUGUGGACAACUACAAAUACCUAGGUGUCUGGUUAGACCGUAAACUCUCCUUCCAGACUCACGUUAAGCAUCUCCAAUCCAAAGUUACAUCUAGAAUCGGCUUCCUAUUUCGCAACAAAGCCUCCUUCACUCAUGCUGCCAAACAUGCCCUCGUAAAACUGACUAUCCUACCGAUCCUUGACUUCGGCGAUGUAAUUUACUAAAUAGCCUCCAACACUCUUCUCAGCAAAUUGGAUGUAGUCUAUCACAGUGCCAUCCUUUUUGUCACUAAAGCCCCAUAUACUACCCACCAUUGUGACCUGUACGCUCUUGUUGGCUGGCCCUCACUACAUAUUCGUCGCCAAACCCACUGGCUCCAGGUCAUCUAUAAAUCACUGCUAGGCAAAUCCCCGCCUAAUCUUAGCUCAUUGGUCACCAUAGCAACACCCACCCGUAGUAUGUGCUCCAGCAGGUAUAUCUCACUGGUCAUUCCCAAAGCCAACACCUCCUUUGGCCGCCAUUCCUUCCAGUUCUCUGCUGCCAAUGACUGGAACGAACUGCUAAAAUCUCUGAAACUGGAGACUCUUAUCUCCCUCACUAACUUUAAGCAUUAGUUGUCAGAGCAGCUUACCGAUCACUGCACCUGUACACAGCCCAUCUGUAAUUAGCCCACCCAACUACCUCAUCCCCAUAUUGUUAUUUAUUUUGCUCAUUUGCACCCCAGUAUCUCUAUUUGCACAUCAUCUUCUGCACAUCUAUCAUUCCAGUGUUAAUACUAAAUUGUAAUUAUUUUUGCACUAUGGCCUAUUUAUUGCCUUACCUCCAUAACUUACUACAUUUGCACACACUGUAUAUAGAUUUUCUAUUGUGUUACUGACUGUACGUUUUUUUUUAUCCCAUAUGUAACUCUGUUGUUGUUUUUUGCUUUAUUUUGGCCAGGUCGCAGUUGUAAAUGAGAACUUGUUCUCAACUGGCUUACCUGGUUAAAAAAGGUUAAAUAAAAAAAUGUAACAUGCUGGUAGAAAUGAGGUAAAAAUGGAUUUAAGUUUCCCUGCAUUAAAGUCCCCGGCCACUAGGAGCGCUGCCUCUGGAUGAGCAUUUUCUUGUUUGCUUAUGGCUUUAUACAGCUCGUUGAGUGCGGUCUUAGUGCCAGCAUCAGUUUGUGGUGGUAAAUAGACAGCUACGAAAAAUAUAGAUAAACUCUCUUGGUAAAUAGUGUGGUCUACAGCUUAUCAUGAGAUACUCUACCUCAGGUGAGCAAAACCUAGAGACUUCCUUAAUAUUUGAUUUCGUGCACCAGCUGUUAUUGAAAAAUAGACACAGAACCCCACCCCUUGUCUUACCGGAGCCAGCUGUUGUGUCUUGCCGAUGCACGGAAAACCAGCCAACUGUAUAUUAUCCAUGUCGUCGUUGAGCCACGAUUUGUUGAAACAUAAGAUAUUACCGUUUUUAAUGUCCCUUUGGUAGUAUAGUCUUGAACGGAGUUCAUCCAGUUUAUUCGCCAAUGAUUGCACGUUGGCCAAUAGGACGGAUGGUAGAGGCGGGUUACCCACUCGCCAACGAAUUUUCACAAGGCACCCCGACCUGCGUCCCCUGUAUCGGCGUCUUCUCUUCAUGCGAAUGACAGGGAUUUGGGCUUGGUCGGGUAUCUCGAGUAAAUCCUUUGCGUCCGACUCAUUAAAGAAAAAAUCUUCGUCCAGUUCGAGUUGAGUAAUCGCUGUUCUGAUAUCCAAAAGCUCUUUUCGGUCAUAAGAGACUGUGGCAGAAACAUUAUGUACAAAAUAAGUUCCAAACAACGUGAAAAAACACACAAAAUAGCACAAUUGGUUAAGAGCCCGUGAAACGGCAGCCAUCUCCUCCGGCGCCAUUCUACUGAGCUUAAUAUUAUUUUAUACUAAUAUAAUUUCUUAGAGAAAUAUAUUUUGUUUAUAAGUAAUAUAUUUGUUUCUCUAAUUAUUUGCACCCCUGUUUUCAAUACUUUGUGCACCCUCCCCAUGCGAGGAUAAGAGCUCUGAGCUUUUUUCUGUAAUGUUUUAUGAGAUUGGAGAACACAUUAGGAGAGAUCUUAGUCCAUUCCUCUAUACAUAAUCUUUCUAGAUCUUUGAUAUCCUUCCGUCUGCCCUUAUGGACUGCCCUCUUCAAUUCAAACCACAGGUUUUCAAUGGGGUUCAAGUCCGGAGACUGAGAUGGCCAUUGCAAAAUGUUGAUUUUGUGGUCAAUUUACUGUUUCUUCGUGGAUUUUGAUGUGUGCUUGGGGUCAUUGUCUUGCUGGAAGAUCCACUUACAGCCAAGUUUCAGCCUCCUGGCAGAGGCAACCAGGUCUUUAGCUAAAAUGUCCUAGUACUUAGUAGAAUUUAUGAUGCCGUUGACCUUAACAAGGGCCCAGUGGAAGCAAAACAGCCCCAUAACAUCAAAUAUGUUUUACAGUAGGUAUUUUCUGCAUAUGCAUCCUUCUUUCGACGCCAAACCCACUGCUGUUUUGCGUGGACAAAGACCUCUAUUUCCGUCUCAUCUGACCAUAGCACCCGGUUCCAAUCCAAGUGCCAAUGCCUUUUAGCAAACUCCAGGCAUUUCCAUUUAUUGGUUGCCCUCAAUAAAUAAAUAAAUCUGGCAACCCUUCCAAAGAGCCUAUUGGCAUGAAGGUGGUGUCUAAUUGUAGAUUUGGAAACUUGGUGACCCCAAGUUCUGUAAUUCUCCAACUGUGGCACUUUGAUUUUUCUUUGCCUCAAGAACCACUUGCCACUACCAGUCUAGUUUACCACUGUGCCAGUGGUUUUAAAAUUCUUAAAGGUGCAAUAUGCAGAAAUCGUGCCGCCAUAUCCUGGUUGCUAAAAUUCUAAUAGUUCGCCUAAUUUCAGUUUGUGACAAAACAAUAAAGUAUAGUAUAGAGAAUCAUUGUACCAUCUAAACCGUUGUGAAAUAUAUUUUCAAUAACCAAUAAUAUUGUAUUUUCAGCUGUUUGAAGCUGUUGUACAUAACCGAAAGUAAAAGACGCAAAAACAAAUUUAAGAACAGGAAGAUUAGAAAUAGCGCACAUAGAACAGAUCUACCGAUUCUUAGACUUGCUUUCAAUGAGAUGGACAGAUCUACAACUCCUAUUUCUAUGUGAAUUUGGACGGGGCGCCCAAAAAGUUACAUAUUGCAGCUUUAAUUAUUGCCCACAUUUUAUUUAGCUGUUUUUUUUUUUUUACCAAUUGUGUUACCUCGUUUUUAUACCCCAGUGAAACAGCAAGCCAUGGAAGGCCACAAAACAGUUCCUUAAACUGAGAUUAAUUUAAAAAAGUAGAAUGUUAAUGCAGAUUACAUUUUGUUUGUUUUUAUUUAUAAGAAUAUUACCUUUUUUAUUACUUUUUUGUAUUACUUGUUAAGCACAAUCUCUUUCUCUGAGCAAAUGUAUUAGUAUAAAAUAGGGCUGUCAAACAGAAUUUCCUCAAAUUGAGCUGUUAUUUAAGAUUUGUUAUUCAAGUUGCAUUACAGGAAUAUUGAUGUAUUGAUUUUGUCCAAAGUAACAGUAGCAAAAUCUGGUAAAUUGAUAAAGCACACUUUCUUUAACCUCAAUGUCAACAUGUUUUGACAUCGCAUUGUUGUUUUUAGUUGUAUAGAUUAUGUAUUUUGGAUGUUUUCAGUGUAAUUUGAACACUUUCAGACUAUGCGAUUCUUUGAAAAAAAAUAUGACAACUAAUAUGACAAUUAACUUAAGUUAACUGAUUAACUCUGACAGCCCUAGCAUAAAUAUAAUUUCCCAAUUUUCUUGCAUACAAUUAGGGCUGGCACAAUUAUCGUAUAAUCGUGUAACUGACAAUUAUGGACAGUAACCGUGAACAAACCAAAAUAAAGAUUGUCUUUAUACAUUAAUUUUAGGAGAAGGGGGAUUCAACUUUAUAUGUAAAUAUAUAUAGUUUACCCAAUAGCAGUUUUUCAUUUUAAUAUGAAGUUGGUCAACUUGGUAAACAUUUUACGAACAGAAUGGCAGGGUCGGCAUGAGAAGCUUCAUUUCCAAAAGUUCCAAGCAGUUAAAACCAUACAUUUUUGAGACGGGUGUAACCAAAGCUGUGUUGUAUUCAUUAGAUAUGUCGUAGCAUUUUUUCAAAGAUGCAUUACAAGCUCAAAACAUUUUAACAAAAAUGACAAUUAUGACAAUAACCAUGGCCUUAUGCAUGAUAAUUAAUCCUUACCCAAAAUUCCAUAAUCAUCACAGCCCUACAUACAAUAUAGUUUAGUAUUUGUAUUAUUUUGGAUGUGGCUGUAUGUCUUAUUACUGAAGCUGAUCCAUUUUUCCAUGCCAAGACAGUUAAAUCCACAGAAACUUGGAUUCCUGGCUAACUUUGAGUGUUUUCUCUCUCUCUCUUCUCAGCUGUGUGUGACAUUGGCUCGGCCUCCUUCAAGUAUGACAUGCGGAGGCUAAGUGAGAUCCUGGCCUUCCCCAGAGCCUGGUACCGCCGUAGCAUCGCCAGACGCCUCUUUCUGGGAGACCAGACCAUCAACAUGCCAACAGGUAAACACACACCUCCUUGAUAGGCCUUUGCACACUUAUGGCUCCAUUUUCCUCAUGCAAUAAUUGAUCAACAUUUUUACUCUGUUCCCUUUCAAUCUCCAACUCUGCUAAUGUCGGUCCCUUUAAAACAGUAUGCAUUUCCCAAACCUGUGUUUACAUUUGAAAAUAUGCCCUUUACCCUCGACCUGCUUCUCUCCUCCAGCCUCAGGUCCUGCCACCCCGGACUCUGUAGAGAACAUGACCCAGCACCUGUCACCAGAAUCCAGCCGUAAAGCCUACUGGAGGACCUGGGAUGGUAGCACUGGGCAGUACAUGCCCCAGUCCCCCAACGUGUUCUCUGACCACUCCACUGGGAGCAACAUGUCCCCCGGGGGCCUGUCCUCCCACCUCAAGUCCCCGGCCCCCGGACGCACCAGAAGCGUCUCUGAUUCCUCCGCCCCUAGAAGAGGUACCAGCUCAAAAAUUAGUGCUCAACAGCAUCGAGGAAUGACACUAUCUGAUUAAAGCGGUGUUAAUGCUGGUUAUUUUAGCAUAGUGUGGAGAUUAUUUUCACAACCUUCAAUUAAAAUGCAGUAGGAAUGAUGAAUGAAUACUAUAUCCCUCAUUAAGACUUGAGCUAGUUUAUACUCUUUGACACUUUUAGAUUAGGAAUAACUCUCUCUAAUUUAGACAAAUAGCUAUGGGUAGCAUGCCGUUACAUCAUACAUUUCCCUUCCAUACAGAUUCUGUGACCAAGAUGUCCACGCCGUCGUUCAAUAAAAACGGUAAGGCAGCCGGCCCCCUAGGGACCCCGUGGGAGACACUAGUGGUGUUCGCCAUCAACCUGAAACAGCUCAACGUCCAGAUGAACAUGAGCAACGUCAUGGGCAACAACACGUAGGUCUCCCUUUUUCUCCUCCCAGUAAACACACUAUACUCUACUCCAGGGCUCUCCAACCCUGUUCCUGGGGAGCUACCGUCCUGUAGGUUUUCGCUCCAACCCCAGUUGUAACUAACCUGAUUCAGCUUAUUAGCUAGCUAAUUCUAACAAUCAGGUGUGCCUAGAUUAGGGUUGGAGUGAAAACCUACAGGACAGUAGCUCUCCAGGAACAGGGUUGGAGAGCCUUGCUCUACACUCUUGGGGCCAGUUUCCAGUACACAUAUUUAGUCUAUUCCUUCUAAUACAUACCAGCACAUUACUUAAUGUGUAUAUCUGCAAGGGUAAAAGUUCUCUGUCACUGCAAUGGAUUUCCAUCAUAUGGAUUCUGGAGAGGCAAUAUUCCCAAAUAAAUGUUUUUUUCAAAUAUUUUAUUUUCUCUGUUACGCUGUGUGCACUGAACUGAUGUGCAUGAUUGUUGAUAUCACUCCGAUGUUCAGAUGAAGGGAAUUAAAUCAUCUAUAAUGCACACCACAGCAGCCCUCAACUCAGACACCGGUGUUUAUUCUACUGUAACUGCUGGCAAAGUAAUUCAAAGCCUAUACUUUAUCACUCAGGAUGUAACUUUCCCGUUCGACUAUUUUUGCCAUGUAAUGUUAUUCAAACAAAAUCAGACAACCCCAUAGUAGAAUAGUUUACCUGUUUACCUAGUCUGCUUGUUGUAUGUUCUAUGUGAGAUAAAUAUUCCUCACGAGGCGCAUUCAAGUUGCGAGAGCAAUCAAUGCACAACAAUUCUUAGUGCAAUCACAGGAAAACACUUUUGAAAGCAGUUUUGGCAUGUGCUAAAAAAAAAGGGGAUCCCAGUUUUACAUUGCUAUUAUUUCUCUACUCUAAAUUUUGCGUGUGUAAUCAUUUUACAAAUGCAGUUUUACAAUCAGAGUUUCAAGCAUGGUUUAGGCACAGCUACGCAACAGAGCUCUUAAAAGGGGCAAUGUCGUCUUAAAAGGGCAGUGAAAUUUAAAAAAUAACUUGUUUAAAAAAAUUCUAAAGAAUAAAUAAUGGAAAAGUGGUGCGUGCAUAUGUAUUCACCCCCUUUACUAUGAAGUCCCUAAAUAAGAUCUGGUGCAACCAAUUACCUUCAAAAGUCACAUAAUUAGUUAAAUAAAAUCCACUUGUGUGCAAUCUAAGUGUCACAUGAUCUCAGUGUAUAUAUAUACACCUGUUCUGAAAGGCCCCAGAGUCUGCAGCACCACUAAGCAAGGGACACCACCAAGCAAGCGGCACCAUGAAGACCAAGGAGCUCUCCAAACAGGUCAGGGACAAAGUUGUGGAGAAGUACAGAUCAGGGUUGGGUUAUAAAAUAAUAUCAGAAACUUUGAACAUCCUACGGAGCAGCAUUAAAUCCAUUAUUUAAAAAAUGGAAAGAAUAUUGCACCACAAAAAACCGGCCAAGAGAUGGCCGCCCACCAAAACUCAUGGACCAGGCAAGGAGGGCAUUAAUCAGAGAGGCAACAAAGAGACCAAAGGGGGCCAGUAUGAAAAAUGUAUGCACUCACUAAUAGUAAGUCGCUCUGGAUAAGAGCGUCUGCUAAAUGACUAAAAUGUCAAUUGGAUCACUAAAACUUUUAUAGUCCCAUGUAGCUCAGUUGGUAGAGCAUGGCGUUUGCAACGCCUGGGUUGUGGGUUCAUUUCCCACGGGGGACCAGUAUGUAUGGACCAAAUGUAUGCACUCACUAACUGUAAGUCGCUCUGGAUAAGAGCGUCUGCUAAAUGACUAAAAUGUAAUUAACCCUGAAGGAGCUGCAAAGCUCCACAGCGGAGAUUGGAGUAUCUGUCCAUAGGACCACUUUAAGCCGUACACUCCACAGAGCUGGGCUUUACGGUAGAGUGGCCUGAAAAAAGCCAUUGCUUAAAGAAAAAAAUAAGCGAACACGUUUGGUGUUCGCCAAAAAGGCAAGUGGGAGACUCCCCAAACAUAUGGAAGAAGGUACUCUGGUCAGAUGAGACUAAAAUUGAGCUUUUUGGCCAUCAAGGAAAACGCUAUGUCUGGCGCAAACACAACACUUUCUAUCACCCUGAGAACACCAUCCCCACAGUGAAGCGUGGUGGUGGCAGCAUCAUGCUGUGGGGAUGUUUUUCAUCGGCAGGGACUGGGAAACUGGUCAGAAUUGAAGGAAUGAUGGAUGGCGCUAAAUACAGGGAAAUUCUUGAGGGAAACCUGUUUCAGUCUUCCAGAGAUUUGAGACUGGGACGGAUGUUCACCUUCCAGCAGGACAAUGACCCUAAGCAUACUGCUAAAGCAACACUCGAGUGGUUUAAAGGGAAACAUUUAAAUGUCUUGGAAUGGCCUAGUAAAAGCCAAGACCUCAAUCCAAUUGAGAAUCUGUGGUAUGACUUAAAGAUUGCUGUACACCAGCGGAACCCAUCCAACUUGAAGGAGCUGGAGCAGUUUUGCCUUGAAGAAUGGGCAAAAAUCCCAGUGGCUAGACGUGCCAAGCUUAUAGAGACGUACCCCAAGAGACUUGCAGCUGUAGUUGCUGCAAAAGGUGGCUCUACAAAGUAUUGACUUUGGGGGGGGUGAAUAGUUAUGCACGCUCAAGUUUUCAGUUUUUUUGUCUUAUUUCUUGUUUGUUUCACAAUGAAAAAUAUUUAGGAUCUUCAAAGUGGUAGGCAUGUUGCGUAAAUCAAAUGAUACAAAUCCCCAAAAAAUCUAUUUUAAUUCCAGGUUGAAAGGCAAUAAAAUACGAAAAAUGCCAAGGGGGGUGAAUACUUUCGCAAGCCACUGUAUAGACCAUGCAUAAGCUAUAUGCAUGGUCCAAUAUGUUAAGAUAAUUGUAACAUAAUUUUUACCAAUAUGUUAUUGGGCCUGUUUCUGGAGGUGUAAAUACUUUUUUUUGUUGUUGUCAGCAUCAGUUUAAUUUAAUUAAUUUUGGAGUAGAAUAUCCUUUUAAAAAGUCACCAGAACUGAGCUUCUCAGUCCUUUUAAAUAAAUAUUAUCCAGGGGAGGACCCCUGAAUCCCUAAGCAAGGGAACUGGAAUUGGUCAGUUUAUACAUGUACAAAAUGAUCAUCUUUCCUUUAAAACCUCUUAGAUGUAAAGUCCCCUGUUUAGAGGACCUGCGUGGUUCUGGUACCGGUUCCGACCGACAUUUUCACUUAUAAAUCUGUGGACACCGUCGAUCAAAAUGGCUUGCAUUGAGCGAUAGCCCAUGUUCCCAUGGACGUAGGAUGUGAAAUCUGAAACCACUUGAAGCUGGGAGGUAACUCCUACCAUUUCAUUCGCUCUUCUGACUGUCCAUCAACUCCUGGCUGAACCCUAUGUCACAGCCACUGACAAAGCACAUGCCUGCAAUCUUUACAUCCUACCGCAGCAGGAGCAAGUGGUAGCACAUUCAGAGAUUGAUUUAUAGGCGUUAAUCUAAAAUAAUUCAUAGAUUUUAAACAAAAAGCACUUUGUUUGUCAUUGACAGACAAGAUUAAUAUGACAUUUUAGUCAUUUAGCAGACGCUCUUAUCCAGAGCAACUUAGUGUGUGCAUACAUUUUUUCAAUAUGAGAUGACAAUGGGGUCAGACGUUUUGAUCAAGAGAGACCUUUAGAAAAUAUGCACAUUUUCUCUAACACUAAAAAUACAAAUAUGUAUUUUACAGUUAUAAGGAAGGUGAAAUAUUAUAGUUUUAUAAUUUGAUUAUACUAUAUUUAGAAAGUAUAUAAGUCAUUUCAAACCUUAUUCAUACAAUACAGUUUUGUUGAAUUGUAAAUACAUAUAAAAUAUUUCAUAUUUUUAUCAUAUUUGUACUGUGUACUUGAGCUUGUGUCCUCAAGUGACUACAUCUCAGCAAUUUACAGUACAUUCGGAAAGUAUUCAGACCCCUUGACUUUUUCCACAUUUUGUUAUGUUACAGCCUUAUUCUAAAAUGCAUUAAAUUGUUUUUUCCCCUCAUCAAUCUACACACAAUACCCCAUAAUGACAAAGCAAAAACAGGUUUUCAGAAAUGUUUGCUAAUGUAUUAUAAAAUAAAAACUGAAAUAUUACAUUUACAUAAGUAUUCAGACCCUUUACUCAGUACUUUGUUGAAUCACCUUUGUCAGCGAUUACAGCCUCGAGCCUUCUUGGGUAUAACGCUACUAGCUUGGCACACCUGUAUUUGGGGAGUUUCUCCCAUUCUUCUCUGCAGAUCCUCUCAAGCUCUGUCAGGUUGGAUGGGGAGCGUUGCUGCACAGCUAUUUUCAGGUCUUUCCAGACAUGUUCGAUUUGGUUCAAGUCCGGGCUCUGGCUGGGCCACUCAAGGACAUUCAGAGACUUGUCCCAAAGCCACUCCUGCGUUGUCUUGGCUGUGUGCUUAGGGUCGUUGUCCUGUUGGAAGGUGAAUUUAUGCUCCAGUCUGAGGUCCUGAGCACUCUGGAGCAUGUUUUCAUCAAGGAUCUCUCUGUACUUUGCUCCUUUACGCUUUCCCUCGAUCCUGACUUGUCUCCCUGUCCCUGCCGCUGAAAAACAUUCCCACAGCAUGAUGCUGCCACCACCAUGCUUCGCCGUAGGGAUGGUGCCAGGUUUCCUCCAGACGUGACGCUUGGCAUUCAGGCCGAAGAGUUCAAUCUUGGUUUCAUCAGACCAGAGAAUCUUGUUUCUUAUGGUCUGAGAGUCUUUAGGUGCCUUUUGGCAAACUCCAAGCGGGCUGUCAUGUGCCUUUUACUGAGGAGUGGCUUCCGUCUGGCCACUCUACCAUAAAGGCCUGAUUGGUGGAGUGCUGCAGAGAUGGUUGUCCUUCUGGAAGGUUAUCCCGUCUCCACAGAGGAACUCUGAAGCUCUGUCAGAAUGACCAUCGGGUUCUUGGUCACCUCCCCCGAUUGCUCAGUUUGGCCGGACAGCCAGCUCUAGGAAGAGUCUUGGUGGUUCCAAACUUCUUUCAUUUAAGAAUGAUGGAGGCCACUGUGUUCUUGGGGACCUUCAAUGCUGCAGACAUUUUUUGGUACCCUUACCCCAGAUCUGUGCCUCAACACAACCCUGUCUCGGAGUUCUACGGACAAUUCCUUUGACCUCAUGGCUUGGUUUUUGCUCUGACAUGCACUUUCAACUGUGGGACCUUAUAUAGACAGGUGUGUGCCUUUCCAAAUAAUUUACAAUAAUUUGAACUUACCACAGGUGGACUCCAAACAAGUUGUAGAAACAUCUCAAGGAUGAUCAAUGGAAACAGGAUGCACCUGAGCGCAAUUUCGAGUCUCAUAGCAAAGGGUCUGAAUAGGUUUUUCUGUUUUUUAUUUCUAAUAAAUUAGUAGAUUGCUAAGAUUUUAUUUAAUCCAUUUUAGAAUAAAGCUGUAACGUAACAAAAUGUGGAAAAAGUCAAGGGGUCUUAAUACUUUCCGAAUGCGCUUUAUAACUAUUUUUACCAGAAAGGUGAGAUUUUAACCUUUCUUGGAGUGUGCAGCAUUACUAAUUAUUGUUUAUGGCCCCCUCAUGAUAAAUAAUUACUUUGGGGGAUUACAUUUUUGAUUUACACAUAGUUACAUUUAACUAGUUUAAGUCACGAUGGCCAUGACUUUGUUACAUGAAAGGGGAGGUUAACUUGGCCCCAGACAAUCGAUCUGAGAUCGACUUUAAUGGGAUUUAUUUUUGCUUUAACCCCUGUAUCUGAAAACCUAUUAAAAAACGGAACAAUUCUACAGUCGUGGUCAAAAGUUUUGAGAAUGAUACAAGUAUUGGUCUUCACAAAGUUCGCUGCUUCAGUGUUAUGAGAUAUUUUUGUCAGAUGUUACUAUGGUAUGCUGAAGUAUAAUUACAAGCAUUCCAUAAGUGUCUUAGGCUUUUAUUGACAUUACAUUAAGUUUAUGCAGAGUCAAUAUUUGCAGUGUUGACCCUUCUUUUUCAAGACCUCUGUAAUCCGCCCUGGCAUGCUGUCAAUUAACGUCUGGGCCACAUCCUGACUGAUGGCAGCCCAUUCUUGCAUAAUCAAUGCUUGGAGUUUGUCAGAAUUUGUGGGUUUUUGUUUGUCCACCCGUCUCUUGAGGAUCGAACACAAGUUCUCAAUGGGAUUAAGGUCUGGGGAGUUUCCUGGCCAUGGACCCAAAAUGUCGAUGUUUUGUUCCCCGAGCCACUUAGUUAUCACUUUUGCCUUAUGGCAAGGUGCUCCAUCAUGCUCGAAAAUACAUUUGUCAUCACCAAACUGUUCUUGGAUGGUUGGGAGAAGUUGCUCUCGGAGGAUGUGUUGGUACUAUUCUUUAUUCAUGGCUGUGUUCUUAGGCAAAAAUGUGAGUGAGCGCACUCCCUUGGCUGAGAAGAAACCCCACACAUGAAUGGUCUCGGGAUGCUUUACUGUUGGCAUGACACAGGACUGAUGGUAGAGCUCACCUUGUCUUCUCCGGACAAGGUGUUUUCCGGAUGCCCCAAACAAUCGGAAAGGGGAUUAAUUUGAGAAAAUGACUUUACCCCAGUCCUCAGCACUCCAGUCCCUGUACCUUUUGCAGAAUAUCAGUCUGUCCCUGAUGUUUUUCCUGGAGAUAAGUGGCUUCUUUGCUGCCCUUCUUGACACCAGGCCAUCCUCCAAAAGUCUUCGCCUCACUGUGUGUGCAGAUGCACUCACACCUGCCUGCUGCCAUUCCUGAGCAAGCUCUGCACUGGUGGUGUCCCGCAGCUGAAUCAACUUUAGGAGACGGUCCUGGCGCUUGCUGGACUUUCUUGGGCGCCCUGACGCCUUCUUCAUAACAAUUGAACCUCUCUCCUUGAAGUUCUUGAUGAUCUGAUAAGUGGUUGAUUUAGGUGCAAUCUUACUAGCAGCAAUGUCCUUGCCUGUGAAGCCCUUUUUAUACAAAGCAAUGAUGACGGCACGUGUUUCCUUGCAGGUAACCAUGGUUAACAGAGGAAGAACAAUGAUUUCAAGCACCACCUUCCUUUUAAAGCUUCCAGUCUGUUAUUCUAACUCAAUCAGCAUGACAGAGUGAUCUCCAGCCUUGUCCUCGUCAACACUCUCACCUGUGUUAACGAGAGAAUCACUGACAUGAUGUUAGCUGGUCCUUUUGUGGCAGGGCUGAAAUCCGGUGGAAAUGUUUUUUUGGGAUUAAGUUCAUUUUCAUGGCAAGGAGGGACUUUGCAAUGAAUUGCAAUUCAUCUGAUCACUCUUCAUGACAUUCUGGAGUAUAUGCAAAUUGCCAUCAUCAAAACUGAAAAUUAGUAUUUGUGUCAUUAUCAAAACUUUUGACCACGACUGUACAUAUAACCCUUAACAAAAGCAAUAUUCCAAACAUUGAAAUAUUGCUGUUGACACAAACGAUGCCUCCUAGAAAGCAGAUGUUAAUUAUUCAUGAGGAGGUGGGUGGAACUGUUUCCCUUUGCUCUUGUUUACCUCUAGUUGGACCACCAGUGGGCUGAAGAGUCAGGGUCGUUUGUCAGUGGGUAGUAACCGAGACCGAGAGAUCAGCAUGUCCGUGGGCCUGGGUCGCUCCAAACUGGACUCUAAAGGUGGCGUGGUGGGGGGCAACAUAGAUGUCAACACCCUGGAGAUGGUCUGUAAGUACAGGGACGGGGAAUAAGGUAUUAAGCCACUGGCCUGUACUGUUUACUUUUUGUGCAAUUCCAAAUAGAUUGUGCUCUAGCCUCGGGUCUUGGCAUUUAAAUGAUGAACAGAACUCUAAGUUAAACAUCCCUGUCAAACGAGUAGAACUUGAGAUCUCUCUGCCGCACCUAACAACACAUAUUUGUUUGUUGAAGCACACAUCUCGGAGCACCCCAACCAGCAGCCCAGCCAUAAGAUCCAGAUCACCAUGGGCUCCACGGAGGCCCGUGUGGACUACAUGGGCUCAAGCAUCCUCAUGGGCAUCUUCAGCAACGCCGACCUGCAGCUCCAGGAUGAGUGGAAGGUUAACCUGUGCACUGUGGAGACCAGCCUAUCAGAGAAAAGGUAAAUAAACUAGCCUAGCCUACUAGAGAAAAUUUAUAGCCAAAACCCCUGUGGCUACAUUCUUGUCUGUUCUUAUUUUCUGACCAUUUCUGCUCUUCUCUUUCUCACUCACUCUCUCCCUCCUCUUCUCUUUCUCAUCUCUCUCCCUUCCUCCUCUCUUUCACCUCUCCUUUUACCUAUCCUUCCCUCACUCCAGUGAGAUCUUUGUCCACGGGGACUUGCAGUGGGAUAUCUUCCAGGUGAUCAUCUCGCGCUCCACUACCCCCGACCUCAUUAAGAUCGGGAUGAAGCUGCAGGAAUUUUUCACCCAGCAAUUUGACACCAGCAAACGAGCGUUGUCCACAUGGGGUCCAGUCCCCUACCUGCCCCCGAAGGCGCCGGUCAUCAACAUCGAGAAAGGCGCUGCAGAGCUUUGUAAGUAUCCAUUAUUACGGAGUUCCUGGGUUCAAGUAAAAUGGACUGGUUUCGAUCGGAAUGCUCUUUCCCCUGCUCCUCCCCUUUCCUCUGUCUCUUUUUCAUCCCUCUCCUUCUAUCGUCAUUGCUCCUUCUCACUCUCGUCAUUGCUCUCUUUCCCAGACAUGGAUGCAGCCCACCAUCGUCACUGGCCUGGGGUUCUGAAGGUGAUCGCCGGAUGCCACAUCUCCCUCUUCCAGAUGCCACUCCCAGAGGACGCCGUGCAACUGGGUGGCUCCAUGAGUCUCCAUGGCAACCACAUGACCCUGGCCUGCUUCCACGGGCCCAACUUCCGCUCCAAGUCCUGGGCCUUAUUCCACCUGGAGGAGCCCAAUAUAGCCUUUUGGACUGAGGCUCAGAAGAUAUUGGAGGAUGGUAAGGCUUUCAAGGGACAGAGAGGGGGGUGGGGGGUGGGCAAAAGCAAGUCCCCAAAAUACCUCUAAGCUCAACCUAUUUUUUUUAUCCAAUCAGGCUCCACUGAUGACUCCACCUAUAUCGUGCAGACGUUGGAUUUUCAUCUGGGUCACAACACCAUGGUAACCAAACCCUGCGGAGCACUAGAGAGCCCCAUGGCCACCAUCACCAAAAUCACCCGUCGCCGGCACGAAAACCCCCCACACGGAGUAGCCACGGUCAAAGAGUGGUUCAACUAUGUGACUGCCAUGAGGAAUGAGGGUAAAGGCUACUAAAUUUUACCAAUGUCAUAUACAAGGUCUACUGUUUCCCUUGACCCAAUAUAUUCAAGACGCCUGCCUCAUUCUAAUGUAUCCUGUUCCCCAGAGCUGAACCUCUUGCGGAACGUGGACGCCAACAACCCAGAGAGUGGGGCUGCCGCCAAGAGUUCCAGCCUGCUAAGCAGCUUCCGCGGCUCGUCCAGCUACAACCAUGAGACAGAGACCAUCUUUGCCCUACCCAGGAUGCAGCUGGACUUCAAGUCCAUCCACGUUCAGGAUCCAGACGAACCCUCCUUGACUGGUAGGCUCAGUUGGUAUUCGGUCCACCAGUAUGAACAGACCACAAUUAGUAAUGGUACAGUGGGGAAAAAAAGUAUUUAGUCAGCCACCAAUUGUGCAAGUUCUCCCACUUAAAAAGAUGAGAGAGGCCUGUAAUUUUCAUCAUAGGUACACGUCAACUAUGACAGACAAAAUGAGGAUUUUUAAUGAAUUUAUGGUGGAAAAUAAGUAUUUGGUCAAUAACAAAAGUUUCUCAAUACUUUGUUAUAUACCCUUUGUUGGCAAUGACACAGGUCAAACAUUUUCUGUAAGUCUUCACAAGGUUUUCACACACUGUUGCUGGUAUUUUGGCCCAUUCCUCCAUGCAGAUCUCCUCUAGAGCAGUGAUGUUUUGGGGCUGUCGCUGGGCAACACAGACUUUCAACUCCCUCCAAAGAUUUUCUAUGGGGUUGAGAUCUGGAGACUGGCUAGGCCACUCCAGGACCUUGAAAUGCUUCUUACGAAGCCACUCCUUCGUUGCCCGGGCGGUGUGUUUGGGAUCAUUGUCAUGCUGAAAGACCCAGCCACGUUUCAUCUUCAAUGCCCUUGCUGAUGGAAGGAGGUUUUCACUCAAAAUCUCACGAUACUUGGCCCCAUUCAUUCUUUCCUUUAAACGGAUCAGUCGUCCUGGUCCCUUUGCAGAAAAACAGCCCCAAAGCAUGAUGUUUCCACCCCCAUGCUUCACAGUAGGUAUGGUGUUCUUUGGAUGCAACUCAGCAUUCUUUGUCCUCCAAACACGACGAGUUGAGUUUUUUACCAAAAAGUUCUAUUUUGGUUUCAUCUGACCAUAUGACAUUAUCCCAAUCCUCUUCUGGAUCAUCCAAAUGCACUCUAGCAAACUUCAGACGGGCCUGGACAUGUACUGGCUUAAGCAGGGGGACACAUCUGGCACUGCAGGAUUUGAAUCCCUGGCGGCGUAGUGUGUUACUGAUGGUAGGCUUUGUUACUUUGGUCCCAGCUCUCUGCAGGUCAUUCACUAGGUCCCCCCAUGUGGUUCUGGGAUUUUUUGCUCACCGUUCUUGUGAUCAUUUUGACCCCACGGGGUGAGAUCUUGCGUGGAGCCCCAGAUCGAGGGAGAUUAUCAGUGGUCUUGUAUGUCUUCCAUUGUUUCCAUUUCCUAAUAAUUGCUCCCACAGUUGAUUUCUUCAAACCAAGAUGCUUACCUAUUGCAGAUUCAGUCUUCCCAGCCUGGUGCAGGUCUACAAUUUUGUUUCUGGUGUCCUUUGACAGCUCUUUGGUCUUGGCCAUAGUGGAGUUUGGAGUGUGACUGUUUGAGGUUGUGGACAGGUGUCUUUUAUACUGAUAACAAGUUCAAACAGGUCCCAUUAAUACAGGUAACGAGUGGAGGACAGAGGAGCCUCUUAAAGAAGAAGUUACAGGUCUGUGAGAGCCAGAAACCUUGCUUGUUUGUAGGUAACCAAAUACUUAUUUUCCACCAUAAUUUGCAAAUAAAUUCAUUAAAAAUCCUACAAUGUGAUUUUCUGGAUUUUUUUUCCUCAAUUUGUCUGUCAUAGUUGACGUGUACCUAUGAUGAAAAUUACAGGCCUCUCUCAUCUUUUUAAGUGGGAGAACUUGCACAAUUGGUGGCUGACUAAAUACUUUUUUCCCCCACUGUAUAUAUUUAGGGGCAACGUUGUUGUUGAAGUCCACUUCCAUUGUCCUCCAAGAUUUGUUCAAUAUUUUUGUCAUUUUCAGUUUGCUCCCAUUUAAUAUAUCUUUGUUGGAAUGACACUAUUGUUUCCCCUCUGUUUCAGACUCCAACAGUAAGCCCAAGGUGGAGUGCAGCGUGGUGACUGAGUUCACCGACCACAUAUGUGUCACCAUGGACGCCGAGCUCAUCAUGUUUCUGCACGACCUGGUCUCUGCCUACCUGAAGGAAAAAGAGAAGGGUGAGAGCACCUGAAAUGUAAACAGCAGCAGCACAUUAUGUGUAGCAAACCAGAACAAUUAACUGUACUUUACAUGAUAACUUUAUAAAUACUGAACUAAAAUAUAAACGCAACAUGCAAGAAUUUCAAAGAUUUUACUGAGUUACAGUUUAUAUAAGGAAAUCAGUCAAUUGAAAUACAUUAAUUAGGCCCUAAUCUAUGGAUUUCAUAUGACUGGGAAUACAGAUAUGCAUCUGUUGGUCAAAGAUACCUUAAAAUAAAAGUAGGGGCGUGGAUCAGAAAACUAGUCAGUAUCUGGUGUGACCACCAUUAGCCUCAUGCAGCACGACACAUCUCCUUCGCAUAGAGUUGAUCAGGCUGUUGACUGUGGCCUGUGGAAUGUUGUCCCACUCCUCUUCAAUGGCUGUGUGAAGUUGCUGGAUGUUGGCGGGAACUGGAACGCUGUCGUACACGUCGAUCCAGAGGAUCCCAAACAUGCUCAAUGGGUGACAUGUCUGGUGAGUAUAUAGGCCAUGGAAGGACUGGGACAUUUUCACAAUUCCAGGAAUUGUGUACAGAUCCUUGCAACAUGGGGCCGUGCAUUAUCAUGCUGAAACAUGAGGUGAUGGAAGCGGAUGAAUGGCACGACAAUGGGCCUCAGGAUCUCAUCACAGUAUCUCUGUGUUUUCAAAUUGCCAUAUAUAAAAUGCAAUUGUAUUCGUUGUCCGUAGCUUAUACAUGCCCAUACCAUAACCCCACCGCCACCAUGGGACACUCUGUUCACAACGUUGACGUCAGCAAACUGCUCGGCCACACGACGCCAUACACGUGGUCUGCGGUUGUGAUGCCGGUUGGAUGUACUGACAAAUUCUCUAAAACAAGGUAGAAAAAUUAACAUUCAAUUCUCUGGCAGGUGGAUGGAUUAUCUUGGCAAAGAAGAAAUUCUCACUAACAGGGAUGUAAACUAAUUUGUGCACAAAAUUUGAGAUAAAUAAUAUUUUUGUGCAUAUGGAACAUUUCUGGGAUCUUUUAUUUCAGCUCAUGAAACAUGGGACCAACACUUUACAUGUUGCGUUAAAAUGUUUGUUCAGUGUAGAUAUGUACUUUCACUGAUAACUUUAUAUAGAAAAAAAUAGCAAUGUAUGUACAACUAAAAUAUAAUUAAAGCUGAAUUAAAGGUGUUCUUUGUUUUAGGAACUAAUAGUCAUAGAAGAACAAGGAGAACCAAGGCACUCUUUAUAGUUUUACACAAACUCUCUCUCUCUCUCUCUCUCUCUCUCUCUCUCUCUCUCUCUCUCUCUCUCUCUCUCUCUCUCCCCCCCCCCCCCCCCCCCCGGUCUGCAGCCCUUUUCAACCCCCGGAUCUUUGCCACUCGGCCAGGCCAGAAGAGCCCGACGGCCCUGCAUGAUGAGAACUCCACAGACAAGGACAAGGAGGAAGGCAUCAACUACACCACAGUAGACUGGAGAGAAUUCAUGUGCAACACCUGGCACCUGGAGCCCACGCUCAGGUAAACCAGUCCCAAGCCCUCAGACCCUUAUAAGAAUAAUAUAUGCCACUGUGCAGACACUUUUAUCCAAACUAACAAUACAGUAUAUUUGUAGUAUGUGUAUGCGAUCCCUGUGUUUUGUGACUCCUUAACCCCUCACCUGCGCAUUUCAACUACUCCAUAAGCUCACUUUUAGGCCUAUACCCUAAACGUAAACCGGUUUGUCCAUACAUCUGAGGUUUCUUGACUCAGUCUUAAUUAUCACUUUCCAUAGGCUCAUCUCCUGGACGGGACGGAAGAUCGAUCCUGUCGGCGUGGACUACAUUCUGCAGAAGCUAGGCUUCCACCACGCAAGGACUACAAUUCCCAAAUGGCUCCAGAGGGGGGUGAUGGACCCCCUGGACAAGGUCCUCUCUGUCCUCAUCAAGAAACUGGGCACGGCCCUGCAGGACGAGAAGGAGAAGAAGGAGAAGAUGGGACGAGACAAAGAAGA